AUGUGGAGAGACAUAGAUGGGCGUUUGUACAAGAGGAGAGACACAGUUGGGGGUUUGGACAGGUGGAAAGAAACAAAUGGGGGAUCAGAUUGUAGGAAAGAGACAGACUGGGGUUACCAGAGGGAAAGAGGCCUAUUUGGGUUGUCAAAAGAGGAGAGAGACAGAUGGAGUUUGAUAAAGGAGGAGACAAAUACAGACAUAUAAAGCACUUUGGUAAGCUGACGUGCUUCAUGUGUCUGUAGUGUAUAAUAUACAUUGUAAAAUUCACCCCUACAUGCUUAAAGAACCACUAUAGGCACCCAGACCACUUCAGCUUAAUGAGGUCCAGCUAGGGUUAACCCUUUUUUCUAUAAACAUAGCAGUUUCAGAGAAACUGCUAUGUUUAUAUUAGGGUUAAUCCAGCCUCUAGUGGCUGUCUCAUUGACAACCGCUAGAGGGCUUCCGUGCUUCUCACUGUGAAAAUCACAGUGAGAAGACGCCAGCGUCCAUAGGAAAACAUUGUGAAUGCUUUCCUAUGGACUGGCUGAAUGCGCGUGCGACUCCUGCCACGCAUGCACAUUCAGCCGAAGAGGAGGAGAGGAGGAGGAGAGUCUCCUGCCCGGCGCUGGAGAAAGAGGUAAGUUUAACCCCUUCCUCACCCUAGAGCCCUGAAGGAGGGGGACCCUGAGGGUGGGGGCACCCUCAGGGCACUAUAGUGCCAGGAAAACGAGUAUGUUUUCCUGGCACUAUAGUGGUCCUUUAAAUACAGAAAUGUAUUAACAUAAAACAUCAAAAACAAAUUGCAAAAGCCAUAAAUAGCCAUACUGGGACUGUAGCAGAACUGGAGAAUUUUUCAAAAUCCACUACUUCGACCUUAACUUGUAGUUUGGUGUUCUAAUCACUGCACUAAAUUCUUCAGUUUGGGGAAUAAACUACAGAGGUUUAUUCAUUAAACUGUAGCUUGUAGUGAAUUCAAAUAUUAGUUAUAAAUUAUAGACUUACAUAAUUAAAUUGAUAAAAUUCUCCAAUUUAGCCUAGGCUCACAUUAGCUAUUUGACACUACAGUUUUCCAUUCAGAUUGUAAUUAAUUACAAUUUGUUAUUUAGUGAAAAACCUCCUGUGUAUUUGUAUAUAUUGUCUAUUAUGCAGUCAGGGAUGUGAUGCAGACAGUCUGCUGCUGGGUCCAUUGACUGAGCACUCAGAACAGCAGUUCAAUCUCCCAAAACUGCAGAGCAAUCCCUCUAUACAGCAAAAUCAAGCUCUAAGUAGGGAUGUUGUUUUAUUUGUGAUUUACAGAAUUUUCCCUUUAUGCCAUAUCGUUUGAUGCUGUGCAUUUACAAUUAAAGGGACACUUUAGUACUAUAGCUUAAAGGGACACCGUAGGCACUGUAUCUGUUUCAUCUCAUUAAACUGGUUAUAGUGUAUGGAGUCCCCUGGUGCCAUCAUUUCUUUCAGCAUUAAACAGUUUUUAAUGUUGUAAUGUUUUAAUGCUAAACAAGAGACCACGGCAGUCCAUCUCUGUGCUGCUUUGGCUAAUAAGGAAGUAUUACCCUGAGCAGCAAUAGGCAGCUAUGAUUGGCUGAGAGUGUCACAUGACUGCUUUUAACCUGUCAGAGCUCCAACUGACGGUAUGAAUGGGUAUGACAACAAGGAAGUGUGUAAUCUCUGCCUUAGCUACACAUACAGAAGGGGCCGGACUGUGGGUGGCCAGGGACUCUUAUUUUGUGGCAUACUGCACAAACAUGGUGCAACACUGAAUGGAGGGACAGUGCCAGGGCAAUCCAGGCACUAUAACCAAUUCAAAGAGACAAAGUGGUUAUAGUGACUACAGUGUCCCUUUAAUGAAGCCAUCUUGGUGUAAAGAUCAUUCCCCUGCUGUCUCACUGCUCAGUUCUCUGCCAUCGGACCUUAAAUCACUUUGUUUAUGCAGCAGUAGUCAUACCUCCCGGCAAGUGACUUACACAGACAUUCUAAACACUUCCUGUAAAGAAUCGUCUAAUGUUUACAUUUCCUUUAUUGCAAAUUCUGUUUAAUUUGGAAUUUCUUAUCUCCUGCUCUGUUAAUAGCUUAACAGACCCUGAAAGAACCUCCUAUAUGUAACUAAAGUUACAUUUACAGAGCAGGAGAUUAGUACUUUUAACCCCUUAAGGACCAAACUUUUGGAAUAAAAGGGAAUCAUGACAUGUCACACAUGUCAUGUGUCCUUAAGGGGUUUAAGUAAGCUACAGCUGAUUGAAUUUGAAACCAUUUUUUUAUGCAGUCUGUGUCAGUCACAGUCAAACCAGCUGUGGCUAGAGCUAUGUAAACAGAAUUUACUCCUAAAUGGAUGUGAAUUGAGCAGUGAGACUGCAGGAGCAAGAUCUAUACCACAAAACUGUUUCAUUAAACUCAAGUUGUUUUGGUAACUACAGUGUCCAUUUAAUUAUGCAAAUUAGCAUUUUCUUUUUCUGACUGCCAGGUUCUGAGGUCAAAGUUUAUAACAAUGUUUGAUAAGGAGCUUAGAUAGAGACAUCCUGUUGCAGGAUAAAGAGGUGUGUCCUUCUACAUUUAAUUACAUUUUUCAUACCUUACAAAUACAUAUUUGUUAAAUACAGGGAAGAGUAAACACAGUAUUCAAAGUCCUGGGAUGUGACAGUUCCCUAUUUUCCUGCCUCUCACUAAAUUCUCUCUGUCUCAGUUUUUCUCGUAUGAGUGAUCUGGACUGCUUUAUCUGCAGUUCUCUCCCUUCUCAGACAGGCAGUUCUCUUGUCUCCGGUUUCCGGUCUCCCUCCUUUCUUUACUUACCCACUCUUCAUACACUUCUAGUGUCAUAUCAAUUAUAAAUAAACAUAUUGUAAAUAAGUACAACCUCUUUAAGUAAAACUAAAACAUCCAGAUCCAUGGAAGCAUAUCAAGAGAGAGAGAGUGAGUGAGGGGAGGGGGACAGGUGGAUGACACAGUAAUAAAUAACAAACACUUUGAGAGGGAAGAGAACCAGAUUCACUCAUAUGACACAGAGCAGGUGUCAUAGGGCAAGCAGGAACAAUGUAUCCACAGGAACAGAAAAUGUAGUGACAGGUAGGAAUAAUGUAGUGACAGGUAGGGAGACAGGUCCCAGCUGCCCACAGGGUGAUGACUGAUUUUCUAAUUGCUCUUCAAAUGUAGAACUAGAAAUUUAGAGUGAUCGUUCAGUAAUUCUGACUGAAAGACAAAACAUGGCACAUUAAUUAAGUGAAGGAAAAAGGAUCAUUUACAAAAAGACAAAUAUACAUGAUUAAAGAAAGGCCUAACUGAAUGACAGAAAAUAAAAUUUCCUACAGAAAAAAAAGUAAUGUUGAAAAACAAUGAUAGGUAUCCAUUACGUACAGGAGAAAGGUGCCAUCUUCCACUCACCUGGAGAUAGCAAAUGUCACAUCGGAUUCUGUUGCUCCUUCACCAAACAAUCACACAGAGCAAAGGUAUAAAAGGGCUGCACCCACAUUCCGGUAAGCACAGCUUCGAUAGUCUGCCACUAGCAGGCAGGGAGGAUAAAUGGUUACAUAUAUCUUGCUGAAAGAUUCCAUGAAUAAUUAGGCUUCUGCGUGGUGAAAAAAAUUUCGUUCAACCGAAUUGAUAAAAAAUGUAUUUGCCCAUCCAAAUUUUGUCAACACUGUGGUUCACCUCGUCUGCAUAUUGUACAUGCAAUCAAUUUUAAAACCGUAUUCAGAUGAACCAAAAGGGAUGCAAAAAUGAGCCUACACUGUACUAAAAUAUCUAUAAUAUUUAUAUGUAUAUAUACAUAUAUACAUAGGCUCAUUUCCACAUGAAGCCAGUUUAAAUCAGAAUAGAAAAUUCUAUAGAAUAGAAGACAACCUUUAGCGAUCCCAGAGUCAUCCGUGAGAGAAGUAGCAACAGCUCUUACAAGAGCUAGUGAUUGUGUUAUAGCGAUUCCCUACAAAAAGAGACAGAACUCAGUAUUGAGGGUGAAGAAGUCUGAAGGUUUAAUGACACAGGUUGGAUGUAUAUACAAUUCCUCAGGCCAGAGGCACACCCCCUGGACCUGAUGGAGCACCGCAUUACAAACUGUACAGAUAAGAACAAUAUAAUAAUAUCCGACACUCCCACAUACAGCACACAAUCCCUCCCCUCUGACUGUGAUAUAAUUAAGGUAGAUAAUGUAUUCACUUAAUUAUCCCCAGGCAGAAAAAAACAUUUUUUUUACCCAAAGUAUAGAAAACACCCCAAAACGUAACAUAUCACACAUCCCCUGAUAGCCCUGAUCUGGGUGAACAACAUAUCCAAAAAUCACCCAGAUCAGAGCAGGGGUUCAGGAAAUUCCUGGUAGUCUGUUUUGGUUUCAUGCCCAAAACAGAUUGAAUUAGGCUGUGCGGCUGGUCUAUUUAAAAUAGUCAAAGUACCGUUCGACCAAAUAAAAAGGCUGCCGCCACGUGUUCGACUAUACGAAUUGCAGGGAUCUUAGGUGAACAAACAGACAAACUAGAAAGUGAAUGGCAGGGGUUUUAGGUGAACAAGCAGACGAACCAGAUGAUAGAUUUAUACCCCAGGGACAGAGGAUCUGUCACAUAUAAUAAUAUAAUUUUUAAAUGGGAUUUAAAGCGAUAAGUAAUUGAUAAACCUUCUGUCUGCUAUAAGAGAAUUAUUUUAAAUAUGACAGAGCUACUCUGUUAAAAGAGAAAUCACAAACAAAGCAAAAAGACACUGAGCUCAUGGCUGUGGUGACAUAUUUUGUACCCAUUGUAAAGUUGCUAAUAGAGUGUUUAGAAAAUAUUGAUACAUUUUAUGUAAAUCAUUUGCCAGAAUUUCCAAAUAAAGGGAACACUUAAACAACACAAUGUAACUCCAAGUAAAUCACACUUCUGUGAAAUCAAACUGUCCACUUAGGAAGCAACACUGAGUGAUAAUCAAUUUCACAUGCUGUUGUGCAAAUGGGAUAGACAACAGGUGGAAAUUAUAGGCAAUUAGCAAGACACCCCCAAUAAAGGAGUGGUUCUGCAGGUGGUGACCACAGACCACUUCUCAGUUCCUAUGCUUCCUGGCUGAUGUUUUGGUCACUUUUGAAUGCUGGCGGUGCUUUCACUCUAGUGGUAGCAUGAGACGGAGUCUACAAACCACACAAGUGGCUCAGGUAGUGCAGCUCAUCCAGGAUGGCCCAUCAAUGCGAGCUGUGGCAAGAAGGUUUGCUGUGUCUGUCAGCGUAGUGUCCAGAGCAUGGAGGCGCUACCAAGAGACAGGCCAGUACAUCAGGAGAUGUGUAGGAGGCCGUAGGAGGGCAACAACCCAGCAGCAGGACCGCUACCUCCGCCUUUGUGCAAGUAGGAACAGGAGGAGCACUGCCAGAGCCCUGCAAAAUGACCUCCAGCAGGCCACAAAUAUGCAUGUGUCUGCACAAACGGUCAGAAACAGACUCCAUGAGGGUGGUAUGAGGGCCUGACUUCCACAGGUGCAGGACGUUUGGCAUGUGCCAGAGAACACCAAGAUUUACAAAUUUGCCACAGAUGAAAGCAGGUUCACACUGAGCACAUGUGACAGACGUGACAGAGUCUGGAGACACCAUGGAGAACGUUCUGCUGCCUGCAACAUCCUCCAGCAUGUGGGGUGGCAUUUCUUUGGGGGGACGCACAGCCCUCCAUGUGCUCACCAGAGAUAGCCUGACUGACAUUAGGUACCGAGAUGAGAUCCUCAGACCCCUUGUGAGACCAUAUGCUGGUGCGGUUGGCCCUGGGUUCCUCCUAAUGCAAGACAAUACAACCUCAUGUGGCUGGAGUGUGCCAGCAGUUCCUGCAAGAUGAAGGCAAUGAUGCUAUCGACUGGCCCGCCCGUUCCCGACCUGAAUCCAAUUGAGCACAUCUGUGACAUCAUGUCUCGCUCCAUCCACCAACGUCACGUUGCACCACAGACUGUCCAGGAGUUGGCAGAUGCUUUAGUCCAGGUCUGGGAGGAGAUCUCUAAGGAGACCAUCCGCCACCUCAUCAGGAGCAUGCACAGGCAUUGUAGGAAGGUCAUACAGGCACAUGGAGGCCACACACACUACUAAGCCUCAUUUUGACUUGUUUUAAGGACAUUACAUCAAAGUUGGAUCAGCCUGUAGUGUGAUUUGAUUUCCAUUUUUUAAUUUUUGUGUGAUUUUGUUGUCAGCACAUUCAACUAUGUAAAGAACAAAGUAUUUCAGAAGAAUAUUUAAUUCAUUCAGAUCUAGGAUGUGUUAUUUUUGUGUUCCCUUUAUUUUUUUGAGCAGUGUAUAUUAAUUUUUUCUAUAACACUAUUACACUAUACAUUCUUCUUUCUCUCCCUCUCUAUUUAAUGUUAAUGUAUGGAUAUCCAACUACAUUUUGUGGAAUCCCUUUGAGUGGGUUUGAGUAAAGGUACUUUUUUGUAACUUUUGAAGUGUCUUUACAACUACUGUUACACGUCUUCCCACUGCACUUUGCACUUUACAUUUUAUUAAUGCAGCACAAGCACUAAGAUAGUGCUAUAAAAGAGCCUUUUUUUUGCACUUUAUGUGUAAAUGCAUUUUUGCACAUCAUAAGUGUAUUUGCACUAAAUUUUGUGGUCGUAAAGACACAGCGCACCUUUUUUUUCUUGUUUGUAUUGUUCUUAAUGAUUGUUUGAUUUACAGCACUUUGCUUUGUAUACUGGGGAGGUGACAGACUAAAUGAUGUGCUUCAUUUUGGUUUUUAUGAACUGCGUUGUAAAAUUUUAUAGCAGACAGAAGGCACGGGCACCAAAAACUACAGGGAUGGAUAUGAUUAAUGCUAACUUAUUGUGUAUCCAAAAGGGAGAAGGAUAGAUGGAGGGUAAAAUGAAAUAUGUCGCACUUCUUCACUCCUUGAUGCUGUUUCUAUUUAUUUGGUUGCUCAAAAACCUAUUGCUCUAUAUCCCAUUUGUAAAACAGUAAAGCUCUGUGGAAUAGAUCUAUUCUCUACAAAUGAAGAUGAGAAUAACAAGAUAAGAUUAACAAUAAUAAUUAUUAUUGCCAGAUGCACUAUUCAUGAUCUUUCGGCUAUUAUGUAAGAUGUAGUCCCCCCUUCUCGCCUGCAGGUGGCAGCCUCUCUUGGCAAUGUUUAUUACUCUCUUGUUCUGGUUGCCGCCCCUCUCUAUUCUGGUCGGCUUACAGUGCUGGGGAGGAAGAGAAUGUGAAGUCAUUAGCUGUCCCCCAGGUGAGUGGAAGAUAGGACCUUUCUCCUGAACUUAUAGAAUAGACUCAAUACAAACAGUGUACCCGGGUAACGCACAGACAGAGAAUACAAUAUCCUAAUAGGAGUAAUGUUACAGUUUGGUUACAGUCUGUACAUUAAUUUGUAACAUUUUAUUAGGAUAUUGUAUUUUCUACCAUGCAGCCGUGUUGUACAUUGUGUGUAUUGUUAUGUUUUCAGUCAGUCAGUCAGUCAGUCAUUCAGGAGCCAUGUCAUGUCUCUCGGUCACAAGGAUCGCUCUCAGUUAUAGCUGCACUUUCAUAGAGCAAUGACAUAAUUACAUUAUUAGUCAUCACCCUGGGUGCAGCUCAACACCAGGACUGCUCUGUGUCCUGUCUCUCUCACUGUCACUAUAUUAUCCCUCACUGUCACUAUAUUAUCCCUCACUGUCACUACAUUAUCCCUCACUGUCACUACAUUCUCUCUCACUGUCACUAUAUUAUCCCUCACUGUCACUACAUUAUCCCUCAAUGUCACUACAUUCUCCCUCACUGUCACUAUAUUAUCCUGCCUGUCACUACAUUCUCCCACACUGUCACUACAUUCUCCUGCCUGUCACUACAUUCUCUAUCUCUCUCUCUCUGUCACUACAUUCUCCCUCAAUGUCACUAUAUUAUCCUGCCUGUCACUACAUUCUCUCUCACUGUCACUAUAUUAUCCCUCACUGUCACUAUAUUAUCCUGCCUGUCACUACAUUCUCACUCACUGUCACUACAUUCUCCCUCACUGUCACUAUAUUAUCUUUCCUGUCACUAUAUUCUCUCUCACUGCCACUAUAUUAUCCUACCCUGUCACUAUCUCUCACUGUCACUAUAUUAUUCUGCCUGUCACUACAUUCUCUCUCUCUGUCACUACAUUCUCUCUCACUGUCACUACAUUCUCCCUCACUGUCAUUAUAUUAUACCUCACUGUCACUACAUUCUCUCUCAUUGUCACUAUAUUAUCCCUCACUGUCACUACAUUAUCUCUCUCUGUCACUACAUUAUCUCUCUCUGUCACUAUAUUAUCCUGCCUGUCACUACAUUCUCACUCACUGUCACUACAUUCUCCCUCACUGUCACUAUAUUAUCCCUCACUGUCACUAUAUUAUACCUCACUGUCACUACAUUCUCUCUCACAUACACUACAGUCUCCCUCACUGUCACUAUAUUAUCUCUCACUGUCACUAUAUUAUCUCUCACUGUCACUGUAUUCUCCCUCACUGUCACUAUAUUAUCCUGCCUGUCAUUACAUUCUCCCUCACUGUCACUAUUUUAUCCUGCCUCUCUGUCACUACAUUCUCUCUCUCUGUCACUACAUUCUCCCUCACUGUCUCUAUAUUAUGCUGUCUGUUACUAAAUUUUCUCUGUUACAACAUUAUCUCUCACUGUCACUGCAUCAUUUCUGUCACUAUAUUCUCCCUCACUGUCACUAUAUUAUCAUGACUGUCACUAACACAGCUCAAGGUCUGGGUCCCCAGGGGCCCGCCUCCAAGCCCAUCCACAGAGCCCGGCUCCAAAUCCCGCCCACAAGAAUACACACACAGAAAGAUACACACAUACUAACAGAUACAAAUACUGAAACAGACAUACUGACACACACACACACAUGCAUAAGGAGAUACAGAUACACACACACACACUAACAUACAAACAUACUGACACACACAUAUAUACAUGGAGACAUACAUACUGACAGACAUACAUACUGACAGACACAUACUGGCAUACAUACAUACAUACACAUACUGGCAUACAUACAUACACACACACAUAUACUGGCAUACAUACAUACAUACAGGCAUACAUACACGCAUACAGGCAUAUAUACACACACAUAAUUCAUUUUUCAGCCACCCUCCUCUUCCUUACUUUGCAUUACAGGAGGGUGGCUGGGGAUGAUGGGCGAUGGCUGCCUCUCCUCUCCUCCUUCAGGCUGUGUCCUCCUUCCCGCACAGAGUAAGCUGGGAGGAAGUGACCGUCCGUCACUUCCUCCCAGCAGCACUUGCAUUGCGACUGCAUUUUUUUUUUUAAAGGGGCCGGUCACACUAUUACAGCGCUGACCGGGCCCCUGAAGAUAAUUGGACACAUUGGGUCAGUGUGUGGGCCCCGGUGCAUGGUUGUCACCCCCUAAUGGCAGCCCUGUCACUAUAUUAUCCUGUCUGUCACUAAAUUAGGGGUGGGGCCAGGAGGGAGGACAAUAGGUGCCCCCCCCUUAUUCUAACUUAGGGCCCCCACCCGCCGCUCAGGUUUGGGGGCUGGACAAUAGGUGUCCCUCCUUAUUGGUAUUUAGGGCCCCCACCUGCGGCUCAGGGGUGGGGCCUGGGGGGAGGACAAUAGGUUCUCCCCCCUUAUUUUACUUUAGGGGGGUCCCCCCUUCAGGUUAGAAACCCACACUUGCAUAGUGUUUAGUAUUACUUAGUAUUAGUAAAUUUGGCUGGCAGACCAAUUUAGGUCUUUCAGCCUUUUUGGUAGAUAACUCGCUAAUACCGUGGGAAUGGCCCGAAAUGCCAAAGUUCCAAAGUUGCCGAAGUUCCCAAUUGCCAAAGUCCCGAAUUUCGGAAUGCUGAACCGAACCGAAAAUUUCCCCCAUGCACAUCCCUACUACAUGCUCUCAGACUGUGACUAUAUUCUAACUCCCUGUUACUACAUUCUCCCUCACUGUCUCUAUGUUCUCUCUCUGUCACUACAAUCUCUCUCACUGUCACAUUCUCUCUGCCUGUCUUUGUCCCCGGGAAUACAUUAUUCGUCCAUGUUACUACAUUCUCUCUCCCUGUCACUUCAUUUUCCCUCCAUGUCACUACAUUCUCCUGUCUACAUUAUUUCUCCCUGUCAAUACGUUAUGUUGUCUUUCACACUUUCUCUCUCCCUGUCACUACAUCCUCCAUCCCUGUCUCUCUGCUUGUCACACAUUUUCCUGUCAGUACAGGUCCAAAAGACCAUAAUGUGCUUUUUGCACUGUUUGUAAGUUGUUGCAUUCUAUAUUAUAUAUAUUUAUUUAAUGGUUUUACACUAUGUUUCUUUUUCUUCUGCAUUUUCAAGUUAAUACAAGACACACACAUAAUUUCCUAUGGUAUUUAAUUUUCUACAUUGUAUUGGUAUGUUUCAUAUUUGUUGAUUUGCACUUAGGGUGUACCCACAACACAAUGUUGUUUUAUAUUUGCUUGUUAUAUAAUGGUAUUUUCACUUAUAAAAAUGUUAAAUCUGUAAAAAAGAAAAGUUUUAAGAAAGUUUAGGAAAGAUUAAAAAAAAAUGAAUAAGCAAAAAAAGUUUAAAAACUAGUUUUAAAAAGUUAAAAAGUUUUAAAAAGUAAAAAAACACAUUUAAAAAUGCUCAUUAGCACUACACCUGGAACAAACUAGAGAAAAAAUGAUCCCACGCUAAGGUUCAAAAUAUGCCUUUUGAAUUACCCCAGGGUGUAUUCUUUAAUAAAUAGUAUGUGUUUGUGGGGAAGUUUCAAUAACCAACCAUCUAAACUACUCCAAAAUGGAACAUGGACACAGCAUAAAACUUCAAAGUUAGAAAAAAAGUGAAUAGCUGCAUCUCAAAUGUGCCCCUUCAAAAUCCACAUAUACCUGGCAAAGGUACAUACGGGAGUAUUGCUGUACUCAGACGACAUAGCUGAGCAACAUAUGUAGUAUUUCAGAGUCAUAGCACACAUAAGGUUUGCAAAAUAUACUGUGCAAACUCACUUUGUGUGUCAAAGAGGCGGAAAAAACGCUUAUUACCACUACACUUGGUACAAGCUAGCGGAAAAAUAAUCCCACGCUAAGCGUCAAAAUAUGCCUUUUGAGAUACCCUGGGAUGUCUUCUUUAAGAAAUGGUAUGCCUUUAUGGUGUAGUUGUAAUCUGUAGCCUGCUCAAGUGCUCCAAAGUGGAACACGGAUGCAUCAAAACCCUCCAUGAAAAUUCACCCUUUAAAACCUGCACUUGUUGUUUCUCUUUUAAUGUAACUUCACAAAAUAGUGUCUAGGUCAUACAUUGGGCAUAUUGUUUUAAUCAGAAGACUUAGUUGAGCAUAAUUUGGGGUGUUUGAAUUUAGUGGCACAUAUGAAAUAUACAAAAUGCCCAGCAAAAAUGUAAUCCGUAUGUAAAAAUGCCCAAAAUUAUUUUUUACCACAUACUUUGGCAUAUAUUGGUGAAAAAAUGGGGACAUGUUAAGGCACAAUAUGCACUAUAUGAGAUACCCUGGAGUGUCUACUUUUACAGAUGCUUGAUAAAUCAAGCUUGAUAAAGACCUUAACAGGUCGAAACGUUGCAAUAAAUCUGCCUGGAAACAAUCAUGCCUGAGAGUUUUCUAUAUGGACAGAAAUAAAGCCAUUUUGAAGGGUCUUGGAAUCAAUAAAGGCCGUAUAGAUGAUGAUGGACUGUAUACAACUAACGUUUGCGCAAAUCCCCCUCCCCCACAACUUGCUCCUCCUAGCAAUAAAUGUCUUGUCUUAUCUUUGUUUCUGUUCUUUAGGCCUCUGUCUUCAAACCCAGAUAACAAAACAUACAGAGAAACUUCAUUUCCACCUUUUCCUGCAACUUAAAGGUACUGACUGAAGCUUGGAAGAAACUCCACCAGAUGUAUUCUACCUUUGUUACCAUAUUAUAAGUUUUUGCUAUAACAAACAUACAAUUUUUACCUGUAGUUUACCACUGUAGGUUUCUGCAGUUUUUCAUUGUUAUUUUCAUUUAAUGUAUUUCACCAAUAUUUAAUGCACAUAUAGUCAUUAAUAUGUUUGCUGGCUGGCAAGUACAAUUAAGAUGCUCCCAUCCCUUGCCCCUCCUAGCAGGACAUUUGUUCUUUUGACUGUGUCUUAUCUCCAUUUAUGUUCCUUAAAGGGAUUUUAUAGUUUUAGAAAUCCAAAGUUGUAUUCCAAACACUUUAGAGCCAUCUGCCCUCCCCAAACAGUAUGGCGACCCCCUCUGGUAUAUAAAGGGUUAAACUCUGCUGUGGGAAGGCGCCCCACCUUCUACAUUGUCAUCCGAUGGGGGGAACCUUAUGAGCUUGCGCAGCUAGCGCCACAUGCACAUUAGGCACUACCCACAGGAAAGCAUUGCCUCAAGCAUUGCUGGGUGUCCUGACAGUGUCAGUUAGGAGACAUAGAGUCCGCUAAACUCACAGAAGCACCUCCAGGGCUGUCUUAAUACUGCCUAUAGUGUCCCUUUAAGUCAGCUGCCACAAACUCAGCUAACAGAAAGUGCAGGACUACCCUCAUGCCCACGCUGGUUAUUUCUACUUUAUAGCAUGCAUUCCAGGUGCUUGAGAUCUCACUCAAUUACUUUCUCAUUCAUUUUACUUGUUACCAGUAAGUGCAAUUAUCAUUGACUGACUUAUCUUACCAUUAACUAUGAAUCCCUCUUAUUAUUAUUAUUAUUAUUAUUAUUGGUAUUUAUAUAGCACCAGCUUAUUCCGCAGAGCUUUACAAUAAGAGGGGUAUUUACCAAAUGAGACAAUAACAAAAUGUAACAGAAAAAAUAGGUAGUUGAAGACCCUGCUCAAAUGAGCUUACAGUCUGGCUACCUAUUGUCAAAAAUCCCCUAUUUUUGAAGCUGAAGGGUUAACUUCAAAGUAGCUAAGUACUUUGUAUAAAAGAGCUUCCGUGGCUAGAUCUCAGCUCAUGGGCAACCUCCUCUUUACCUUUUUUACUUGUAUAUUACACUGACUUUUUCAUUAAAUGUGCAGCGCUGCAGAAUAUGUUGGCACCUUAUAAAACAUGCUAGUGAUAAUAAUAAUAAUAAUAAUAUUAUUUUAAAAUCAAUUCCGUAUUUUACUUUUCUGCUCUGAUUGAUUAUCUUGGAGUGGACUACUAGAAAUGUCCAGGCCUGUGCAGGAAUGUGUGGAAGCAACAACAUUCACAUACCUCCCAAGUUUCUCUGUUUAGGAUGGCCAGUCCCUCAUUUGUGCCCAAAUCCCUCUAUCCCUCUUUUCUGUCCUAAAGUCCCUUUCCUGCUCUUCUCUGGCCCUCCCGCCCCACCACCUGUUCCCUUGAUCCUAUUCCCUCGUAUUUCAAUCUCCGUCUCUGACAUAUUUCUUCUACCCUUCAAACAUGCAACCAUAACACAGAUUCUAAAAUAUCCCAACCUUGACUCCGUCCAACUACCGCCCUACUAUCUUGCUACUAUCAUUUGCCUCCAAGAUCCUUGAGAGUUGUGUACGCGAGAUUGACAGACUUCUUAAAAUCAAACUUUCUGCUUGACCCACUUCAAUUUGGAUUCUGCUCUGUUGAAGCAGCUGUGACCAUUCUUCUGCUUUUGACACUGUUGAUCAUCAACAGCUUCCUCCCAUCCUCCAUAAUCUCAGUCUUUGAGAUACCACUCUCCUGGUGCUCUUCCUACCUCUCCCAGCGCUCUUACAGUGUUUCAUUCAGGCUCUGCUUCUUCACACAAAGGUUCUGUCCUUGGUCCCCUAUUGUUCUCAAUCUAUGCUGCCUCCCUUGGUAAACUCAUCAUCUCCUUUGGCUUCCAGUAUCAUAUCUAUGCAGAUGACAUGCAAAUGUACCUGUUCUCCCAUGAUUGAUGUUCUCUUUGAUUCCGACCUCGCCUUCACCCCUUAUGUCCAAACAAUCGCCAAAUCCUGCUGCUUUCAUCUCAAAAACAUAGCAAACAUCCAUGCAUGUCCAUGCUGCUGUCGUCUCUUGCCUUGAUUACUGUAAUCCGCUGCUCAGUGGUCUUACGUGUUUCCAACUUGCCCCGUUACAGUCUAUACUGAAUGCGGCGAGGCUCAUCUUCCUGUCCGCCCGCACCUCCCAAGACCCCCUCUGUCAGUCCCUACUUUGGCUUCCCUUAAGAUAUAGGGUUCAAUUUAAGAUCCUGGUAAUUGCUUACAAAACUCUACACAAUGCUGCUCAGACCUACCUAUCCUCAGUAUUACACAAAUAUGUCCCGAAGACCUGCGUGUAACCUCUGUUUGUACUCCUAUCUCUGAUGCUCACCUUAAAGACUUCUCUUGGGCUGCACCAUUCCUAUGGAACGCCAUUCCCCUCUCUAGUAGACUUUCACCCAGUCUCCACUCCUUCAGAAAAUCUUUGAAUACUUCUUCAGGAAAGCAUAUUAAUUAGACCGUCACAAGCUUUCCCUCCCUGCACCCCGAUUCCACUCCUGCAACUGUCAUCAAAAUAAAACACUAAGCACUCAGUGACUACUAUUCUAUCAAACUACUUUUAUACCAUACCCUUAACUUUUGUGUCACUAUACCUCACUCCCUCUAACAUGUAAGCUCAUUGAGCAGGGCCCUCAAUCCAUCUGUUCCUAUGUGUCCAAGUUGUCUGGUUACAAAUAAGUCUGUUAGUCCACCCAUUGUACAGCGCUGUGGAAUUUGUUCGUGCUUUAUAAAUAAUAAUAAUAAGGUGUAUUUGAACUACAAAAAAUAUGUUUAGAAAUCACUUUGUGUAAAUGAGUACAUGGUUCUUGUUCUAAAUUCCAUUUUAGAUGAAUAAAUUGUUCUUAGUUAGUCACCUAAAAAAAUCUCAGAAUAUCCUGCCCUCUGAAUACUCCCAUACUAUGAAAGUGUCUCUCUGUGUCCAUUUCAAAUGUUGGCAGCUACGCAUUCACAAUGAGUGUUCGGAUUCAGAGAGGUUCUCCAAUAAAAUCAUGACAAAUGAAGGAAAUAUUGGAAUAAGUAUUUCAAAUUAAAUCAUAAUAGUAGGAAAUGGAAAGAAGAGACUUUUCACAGAGCAUCGAUAAAUUCAGUGGAGGUAUUGUGACUGUUUUUACUUUACAAGCAGUAUAUUUUCAGUGUUUGAUCUGACUUCCAUUUACAUCAAAACCAUUUGUGUGCUUACUGUUUGUGUGCAAAAGUCCUAUAUUGAAAUGUGUGAGCAUUUCUUCUGUUACUGUUUGAAGAAUAAGACUAGCUGCAACUCUUAUUGGGUUAUUCACUAAAGUGAGAAUUCAAAGUGAAUUUGAAGUGAAUUUCACAUUUAAGGUCAGAGAAGCUGAAUGGAAAGCAUUGCUGACUUGAGAGAAUUUUUCCAAUUAGGCUAUUUUGACCUUGAAUUCACAUAUUUUACUAUUAAUGUAAAGUCAUGAUUUAAUUAAUGACAUGGAGGCACAUAUUAUGAUAUUCUUUUUCUUUAAAAGAGAAGAAUGAGAGAAAAACACAUGAAAGUGUUAACUAAAUCUGCUUAAAGGGACACCAUAGUGUUAGGAAUAUAACCUUAUUGCAGCGCUGAGAUCACUUGGCCCUGCCUCCGUCUCUGCCUACUCCAAUGACAUCAUGAGGGGUAACCUAAAGCACGUUAGGCUUUCUCCAUAGGAAAGCAUUGAAUCAGUGCUUUCCUAUGGGGAUUUAGAAACCGCUGGACAUCCUCGUGCAAAGCGUGAAGACUUCCAGCCUUGUUUUAAAGAGUUAAACUCUGUGAAACAGCAGGAAAUGCCAAUGAGAUGAAGUGGUUUUGGUGCCAAUAGUGCCCCUUUAACCCCUUAAGGACACAUGACAUGUGUGACAUGUCAUGAUUCCAUUUUAUUCCAGAAGUUUGGUCCUUAAGGGGUUAAAAACACAUCAACCAAUCACAAACAAGCAUGCUCUAUAAAAAGCACAACACAAUCCUAGCAACCACUCUUUAUUGCACAACCUGAAGACCAUGCAACGGCAGCAAAAAAAGGAACCAGCAGAGUUCAGCGAAGAUGUUGCUCCAACAAUGACGAACAAAAUCAGAUAAAGGCGUAUCAAGCUAGAAAAUAUGGUAAUGUUUGUCAAGCAAAUAUAGUUUACCAUCAAACAAUAUUAGACAUGCGAGAAUAAAGUUAUGACACAUUAAUAGGAAAAUUCAAUAUUACAUCAAAAUUAAAAUGCAGCAGAAAAACACAUACAAUGAUCAAAAGUAUGCCCAAACAGUUAAAGUGAAGUAAACUUACCAGCCCAUGAAUGCCACAAACCAAACAAUUAACCCCUUUACUUCAAAACACUUUUUGAUUGAAAAAUAUAUUAGCAUAUUCUUUUUUUAGAAACAAGGGUUGCUUAUAGGUAUUUGUAAGAACCUUGACAGUAUUGCUAGCAGUACAACUUAUUGAAAAUGGCAGGAGAAUACAAAAAAAAGUCUGCAUGAGGCAGUAAUGCCAAAAUCUUUAGCAAGCACCACCAUUGUCCUUGAUCUCAUUCCCCCAGGUGAUUUAUAUAUCGAACUGCCACCACAUUGUCCAUUUUAAAUAGGAUGGAGCAGGAGGCAUUUGUUUGGAGAUACUGUGAAUGGCAAACUCUGCCAAUAAUUCCAGGAAAUUAAUAUGGAGGAAAGACUCCUCGUCUGACCAUCUUUCAUCUGUAGAAAUGGUCAAAUUGUGUAAGCUGGCGCCAGCCUGUAUUAUCACAUCUAGUGUAGAACCACAUAUGGCUCUCCUGUUUCACACAUCCAUGUGUGAGAGGCAUCAUAUCAACACUUCCUUGGCUUCUCAUACAGUCUCAUUCAAAUGUCAGGACCAGAGGUAAGAAGCUUUAGGGCGCGGAUAAUGUAAUGGCCCCAGGAAAAGCAUUUGUAUGGACGAGGUCAGAUCAUGCGAGUAAGAUGCCUGAGUGACAGACAGUAUCAUAGAAGGAGGCAUCUUAUUUAUUGAAUGAUUUGACUUUGCAAGGUUUGUUGAAAGGCAUCUACCAGAAAUUCCUGAAAGUCGAUGGUCUGUGGUGGUUCCAGAAUGGCUUUUUCACAAUUUAUAAGGAAACCAAGAUUCUGCAGAAGCCAUUGCAUCCAAGAAAGGUGUGUACGUAGAAGGGGCAUAAAUGGCAAAAGGAUCAGGAUAUCUUCAAUAUAAAUAAUAAAAGCGGACCCAUCAACUCCUUAGGAACGCAACCAGCGAUUUCAUGACCUUGGUGAAGAAAGACCUAAAGGUAGCCAGUGAAUCUCUACUUUGUAUACUCUGGAACAAAUUUCUUCGAUUGUGCACGAUGGGAAUCAUCCAAUAAGCAUCCAUGAGGUCAAGUCUGACCAUCCAAUCUGACUGUUAAAAAAGAUCCCGUAGGCCAUGAAUGCCCUCAAUCUUGAACUGUUGUUAGUGAAAGAAUGAAAUCAAAGAGUUCAAAUUGCUCUCAGGAUGAACUAGGCUGCCUUUUUUCAGGACAAUAAAAAGGUUGCUAAUAAAUUCCGGGUUGUCCCAAGGGAUUUCCUGGAUGGAAAUCCAUACCUCGGUAAUUUCAGUGAAAAUCUACUUCUGAAAGUUAUUCAAAGUACACACACAGGGAAGGAAUAUUCAAUAAAACAAUUUAUCAACUGCAAUUCUACAAAAGUUAUUUAUCUUAUAACUUGCAGUUGUAAAGUACAAUAUAUUGGUAAAACAUAUCAACAGUUUAGGAGGUGAAUUCUUCAACACAUAUGUUCCAUUUCCAAUAUCAAUAUCUCUACCCCUCUAUCAAACCACGUUAGGGUUCACCAUAAUGGAGACCCCUCUAAUCUAACUUUUCAAGCUAUUGAAAGAUUAACAUUGAAUUCCCGUAAAGGCAAUUAUAACAGAAUGCUGCUAAUGAAAGAAUCGAGAUGGAUUUAUCAUUUCAAGACUCUUUUUCCUAAUGGUCUCAAUGAGGAGUUUAAUUUUACUCCAUUUAUUCAUAAAUAAUCAUGUUCUUUUCAUAUAAUAGUCUAUUAUGCUUGUCUGCCUUUUUGAUCUCUUUUAUUGUCUCUUGAUGCAAUUUUGUGUUCUUUACCAUAUGGUUCAAACUUCUUUAUUCCACAACAAUGUUGCAUUAACUAGUUCUCUAUCAUAAUAUAUGCAGAGGAUACACAGUGCUUACUGUGUCUCAAUUGGGUCAUUGCUAUCCUAAUUGUGUCUCUGUAUUUGUUAGAUAUGGUGUGUUUUCCUUCUUACUUUUAAGGUCAAGUUUAUGUCUUAUUGAUUAUUUGGUUUAUUUUUGCUGGUUGUAUUACAUUGUAGCCAAUCUAUUAUUGAAUUCAGACUAUUUCUUUUUGUUUUUCUUUUUCUUUUUAUAAAAUUCAGGACUGGAAUAUUUAGGGUUAAUGUGUGUUUGGCAAACAUAACCGCCGACACACUCUUCCUACUGAGUGACAUCAUCUCUCGAUUAUCCAAUCAGAACAUUUUGAAUUUGGCCAAUCAGCUUUCCAGCCUUCAUUUUUAAAUGCUCGAGUUGGCGGCACCCAGUUCCCCUCUGACGAGCUUUGGCGAAACGCGCGCGUCAGGGGAUUCUGGCGUUACUCUAUCGCCUUCAUUUAUCAUAUAUAUAUAUUUUUUUCAUAUUUUGUAUCUUCCUUUAUAUCUGCUGUCUCAUUUAGGUGAUUACUAGUGGGGGUUAGUCCUGGUGCCCAUGAAGGCACAUGGGGGGUCCUUAGGUUAUAGGACGCUAUUUAUUAUUUAUUUUUACCUGUUUUCUGUUUAUUCUUUUUUCUUUCUCUCUCAUAUUUAUUCAAUAUGGCAUUACAUGCUGUUAUUUCUAAUACUUUAGCAGGAACUCUUAUUAUUAUUUAGGCUUUCUGCCAGAACUCUUUUCUGUUCUCAUUACCAUUUAGUUAACGCUACUAUGUACUGUCCAGUACUUCACAGCUGUUAGAAUCUAUUACUUGAUAACUUUGUAUCUAUUUGUUAAUAUCGGAGUUCACAACAUAUUGCUGACUAUUUUCAACAACGUUAGUUUUGGCGCUGUAUGCAGAACAGGACGCUGUAUUCCAAUUCUGUAGCAAUAUUUUUACAGCUCAACCGUGUAUUAUUAGGACCAUCACUGUUCUCCUAGAUUUUUAUGCAGACAUUAGCCGCCCGACAUCGGAUAUUCUCUAGUUAACACUUUAUUGACUGUCAUUGGGCACUCUAUCUUCAGUGUCUCCUUGCAUUCUGAUUUUUUCUACGAUAUAGCUAUUCAGCUUUUUUCGUCUAUUAUCGAUCUUGACAUACAAAUUUCCUUUUUUUUUUUUACUUAUAUUCAUAUAUUUUUUCUAAUUAUUAGCCCCUUGUAGCUAUAUCUAUAUAUUUGAAUUACUUUAGGCGUCCUCUCCUUCGCCCCCCCCACCCCCCCUCCCCUUCCUUUUACUCUGCACAGACGUGUGCAGUGUAGUAUUUUUGCAAUCUGAGACACCAGUAAUAUCCUUUCACUUUGGGAUAUCGUUUUGUUUGAUUUUAUUAGCUUAUUAGUGUUCCAUUCUUUCUUUUUAAUAUGUACACUUAAUAAAGUUAUUUGUUAUUUUUAUUUUAUAUUUGUUUCAUCAUAAUAGGUACUUUAUUUGUACAGUUUAUAUUUAGUGACAGUUUCCUUUCUUUCUUUGUUCUGUAUUGAUAGGUACUCUCUCUGUUUUCUUUUGAUAUGCAGAAGUGUCUGUUGUAUUAUUUUUCUAAUCUUUAAAGCUAACCAAUGUCAAGAGAAGACCGGGAAGCACAGGAGGAUGAAUUACUAGCGCUCGCUAAUAUUUUCCCCAAAGAUGAAUUUAGGAGAGCAGAAACAUCAAAGGGAGGGGAAAUCCAAGUGUGCCUCGAGUUACCAUCUAACUUUGAAAUAUCGAUCAAAAGUGAGUGAGUGUUUGUAUUGGCGUUUUCUUACUAAUGAGCAGAGCAGAGCCUCUUGUAGAUUAAGACAUUUGUAGGUCAUCAAAUUCAUAUAGACUGGUUAAAGAAAAAGAUAGUUUAAAGUCACUUGAUAUAUAUAUAUAGGCUAUAUGUAGACAUUUGCAGGCUGCUUGAUAUACAUAGCUUCAGGGUAAACCUUUGUAGAUCACUUAAUAUGGGCUAGAUAUUGUUUAACCCCUUAAGGACACAUGACAUGUGUGACAUAUCAUGAUUCCCUUUUAUUCCAGAAGUUUGGUGGUUAAAGCUUUCAUGUGCACUCUUGACAAAAUGAGCAAUACAACAGGAAACAUAUUUUCCUUUAUGUGAUUAUGACACACUGCAUGUGCAGUUUUAAAGAUGAGCUGUGACAAUUACUCAGUUAUUCACCCUAGUAAAUGCUUUUAAAGUAAGGAGUUCCAUUUUGCUGUGUGUUCACUUGUCCGAUUGCACAGAAGAGCUAAUGUAGCUCAAAUUACUGUAAAACAUAAUGAUGGCCAAGACAGAAAAGUGUCAGAACAUACAGAUCAUUGCAGUUUCCUGCAUAUGGGGCUGCAAACUAGUUAGAGUGCCCAUGAUGACCCCUGUCCACCUCUUAACGUGACUAUAAUGGGGACAUGAGCAUCAGAACUGGACUAUCGACCAAUGGAAGAAGGUUGUCUAGUCUGAUAAAUCACGUUUUCUUUUAGUUCAGGUGCAUAGAUGGGUGUGUGCAUUGUUUACUUUGGGAAGAGGUGGCAGCACAUUAUGCAGCACUAACCCAAGAAGCACCUCUAGUGGCCGCCCGAGUGACUCCUACACGAGGUGUCCCUAGGCAGCAAUGUCUGAAAAGACAUUGUUUACAUUAAAAUGCCCGAAGCACAGGCUAUAGACACCAGAAUAACUACAUUGAGCUGUAGUUGUUCUGGUGACUAUAGUGUCUCUUUAACACCAUGAGGCCUUUUUGAUGGUCAGAUGUGUUUUGAAUAUAUUAAUGAUCUUACACUGUGAAAUCUGAUCUACUCACAACUAGUUAUAUAUACACAGUCGCCAUCACUGGGAACAUAAGAUGGGAACUUCCAGUAGAUCCCCGGACGGUCUUCAUCCAAGUUUAUCUUCUGUCCUUUUUCCAGGUAGCUCCGCAGAAAAUAUUUUCAUUGAGAACUUUAAGGACACACUUUCUUACCUACCACCAGUUGUGCUGAAUUUUGAAUUUCCUUCAGAUUAUCCAUCAACCUCACCUCCAAACUUCACACUCAGCUGCAAGUGGCUCAUACCCAAGCAGGUUAGAGAUUUAUUUGCAAUUUGCAACAGUGUUAUAGAAUGUAAUAUUUAUUUACUCUCCCUUAUAAAGUAUUAUUCAGUGGCACCACACAAAGUGUUUUUUUGUGGAAAACAUUUUAAUCUGAAGAAGAAUCUCAGUAGGUCGUCAGUGUAGAUCUAUGAAAUAAAAUUUAAAUUCAUAAGCCUUUUAGAAACAUAUUUCCCAAUAUGCAUCGGAAAUAAUAUUUAUAAGUUGUUUAAUAAAUCUAUAUUCCACCUUGCAUCAGACUCUCAGACCUUUUCUGAUUGUUUGUUUUUUUACUUUGUUUCAGCUUGUGAGACUUUGUCAGCACUUAGAUGAACUCUGGAAGGAGAAUGCAGGAUGUGUUGUUCUGUUUGCCUGGACACACUUUCUAAAGAAGGAGACUUUUAAGUACUUAAGUAUCCAAUCACCUUAUGAGAUUGAAGUGUGUCCCAAUGUGUCACAGAACUGUAAUAAAACUCCUGUGGAAACCGAUCUCUGCAGCAAUGCAGAAUCACAAGAGAAUAGGGUCUAUGACAAGAGGGUCAUACAGGAUGUGGUGUCUGUGUCUGCCCUGAUAAAUUGCAUCUUGGAAUUCAACGAGUCUCAGCAAAAGAAAUGCUUUGAUAGCAAAUUGUACAUGUGCAAUAUCUGUUUCUCAGAAAAGCUGGGCAGCGAGUGCACAAAUUUUAAACCUUGCAAUCAUGUCUACUGCAACAUUUGCCUCAAAGAUUACUUUGAAAUAAAAAUAAAAGAUGGCCAAGUCCACUCUCUGAACUGUCCAGAACCAGAGUGCUCCUCCACAGCAACACCUGCUCAGGUAACCCCAAAGUUUUUUUAUUUUAUUUACCAUGCACCACAGUUAUUUUUCUUUGUGCUGUUCUUGAAUUUGCUAGUUGCCCUUUGUUAUAUCAUUCUUAGAAUGGGGUACAUUUACCUUUUUAACUAACCCAUGUAUUGGAUAUGUAAACUUCUUCUGUGAUACAAAAUAAUGGAGACGUUUUAAAGAUCAGAAACAGAAUGUUGUUUUGGUAUCAUGAUCAUAUAAGGCAUAAUUUAUCAUCUCAAAACACAGGUAAAUGUGUAACUAUGGAUUUCUAUGGAGAAUCAGUCUUGGUUGAGAGGUCAACUUUAAAAGUAAGAUCAGGGCCUAAUGAAAGUAUUUAGAAAAUUGGGCAGACUAGAUGGACCGAAUGGUUCUUAUCUGCCGUCACAGUCUAUGUUUCUAUGUUUCAGCAUACAGUCUAUUUUUGCCAAGUGAUUUAUAUUUCAUGUGGAUUAUAAUGUAAUAUAGUUUACUUACCAUGCUCAUUUUUCUCUGCCUGUAAAUGUAGAAUUGUAGUCCUAGGGUCUGUGAGCUACAGUUGAAUCCUGAAAAUUAAACUUUUAUCAUAUUGGUGCCAUUAUGUACACACACUGGCACAUACAUUGACACACCGAUACACACACUGGCACAUACACACACACAUAGAUACCCACUGGCAGAUAAACACCCUGACACACAGAUACACACGCUCAGAUACACACACUGGCACAUACAUACACACACAGAUACACACAUUGGCACAUACAGAUAUACACAUUGUCACACAAAUAUGCACACUGACACAAAUAUACACACACAUUUCACAAUGUUUAUAUUUGCAGCCACCCUCCUGUUAGGUUACCUUUUCUCUGCAGGAUGGUGGCUUGCUUGGAGCGCUGCUAUCUGGUGUGCUGCUGCUCAGACCUUGCUGCUGCCUCUCUCUGUCCCACAAGGAAACUUCCUCCCAGCAUCUGAUACCCCUGUUUAGCAAUACUGAUGGGUGGCGCUAAGUACUUGGACUAUUCGAUGGGCAAAUCGAGGUGGAACCUCAAUUUUGCUCUCGCAGAACCUUAGUGUUCCGUGUAACACCAAUUGGGAAAUGCUCGUUUAGACUAUUUGUUUUCUAUUAGUGAAUGUUUAGAGUAUUUGUUUUCUAUAAGAGUUGGUAUUUGUAUAUCAUUUUAGCAUUUGAAUGCAGAGGUGUGUUUGUAUGUUAUGCUUGCAUUCACAUGCAGUGAUGUGUUUGCAUGUAGAUUGUGUUUGUGUCCUUUGUGUUGAUAGAAUAAUGAAAAUAAUCACCUUUGCCUCUUUGCAUGUAGGUUAAGGAACUGGUAGAAGAAGAGCUGUUCAGCCGUUAUGAUCGUCUCCUCCUGCAGUCCAGCUUGGAUCUCAUGCCAGAUGUUGUGUACUGUCCUCGUACAUGUUGUCGGACACCAGUCAUGCAGGAGCUGGACUACACUAUGGGUAUUUGCUCCUGUUGCCAUUAUGCCUUCUGCACUGUCUGUAAAUUGGCCUACCAUGGAAUCUCAAAAUGUAGACUAACAACAGGUAAGUUUUUUACGAUUGUGCAUUUUUGCUCUUAGAUUUGCACCCCAUGUGCUGAUGCUGAUGGUUACCUGGGUCUCCAUAUACAUUCAUUGAGGAAUUCAUCAACUAAACUUUUAAACCGUUUUGGAAAUCCUAGACAAUGUCAGAGUACCAGGCGACCUUGUAACAUGUAUAAUCUUGACUUCACUUAUUAGUCAAGACAAAUGAUGAAUCUCCUAAAUUUUAACUGAUGUCUCACAUCCAAUGAUUUGUGUUCAAACUUGGUAUGAUUUUUUAUGAUAAUGCAGUAUUAACUUUCAUUGUAGCAUAUCAUCGCAGACCAGAAGCAUUAUGGACACCUGCUGAAGCCAUUUUAGUGUCAAACCAUUUGUAAACAGUUAUGACAAUUUUCAGGGCCCUCUUUAACACGGGGCAACCGUGGUGCGUGUGGCUCGCGUGGAACUACUACUGGCCGCGCGAUGUGGAGGCUCAUCGGGUGGCCAAUGCUCUAAGGGCCACCCGAUGGCGAUGGAUUUUCAGGGUCCUGGCUGCUUUGACAGCGCGACCGGGCCCCCUGUGAUGAUGUCAGGAUGCUGGGAGUACGUGACACCCGGUCACUUCCUCCUAGCAUUCACAGAGCGCUGCGCGGGAGGAGUAGAAGAAAAGGAGCCAGCCUCCUGCACUCCAAAAGUAGAAAACACAUAAAAAAUAUGCAUGUAUAUAUUACAUAGUUAAAUAGUUACAUAGCUGAAAAGAGACUUGCAUCCAUCAAGUUCAGCCUUCCUCACAUAUGUUUUUACUAUUGAUCCUAAAGAAGGCAAAAAACCUAGUCUGAAGCGCUUCCAAUUUUGCCACAAACUAGGAAAAUAUUCCUUCUUGACCCCAAAAUAGCAGUCAGAUGUCUCCGUGGAUCAAGCAGCUAUUACUCCACUAAUUAUAAAUUAUAUCCCUGUAUGUUAUGUUUUUGCAAGUAUUUAUACAAUUGCAGUUUAAACAUCUGUAUAGACUCUGACAAAACCACCUCUUCAGGCAGAGAAUUCCAUAUCCUUAUUGAUCUUACUGUAAAAAAACAACUUUGCCUUAGAUGAAAUCUCCUUUCUUCCAGCCUAAAUGUGUGACCUCGUGUCCUAUGUAUAGCCUUGUUUAUGAAUAGAUUUCCAGAUAAAGGUUUGUACUGGCCCCCGAAUAUAUUUGUAUAAUGUUAUUAUAUCCCCUCUCAGGCCCCUUUUUUUCCAAACUAAACAGAUUUACAUUUUUUAACCUUUCUUCAUAACUAAAAUGCUCCAUUCCUUUUAUCAAUUUUGUAGCUCGUCUCUGGACUUUUUCUAGUCCAUGAUAUCUUUCUUUAGAACAGGUGCCCAAAAUUGCACAGCAUAUUCAAGGUGUGGUCUUACCAGCAAUUUUUUGUAUCUGUUUGUAUGUGUAUGUCUGUAUUUAUGUGUCUGUCUAUAUGUAUCUGUACGUAUGUAUGUGUCUGUCUGUAUGUAUGUGUCUGUUUUAUUUACAUGACACAGGUUUGCUAGGUCUCAAUGCACCAUGGUGCAAUGUUUUAGUCUGAUAUCCUCACUGUAACUGAUGAGAUUGUCUCUCCCGCACCCUGCAGCACUGUCAGUUAGGGGUGCUCCUCAUGGUGACUUUUGGAUGAGCGAUAAUAGAUAAUGUUUUUUUUAUAUAUACUAGCCAUUAAGAUCAACAUACAUUACUUUUAUUACUGUUAGCCUCAUAAAUAUUACAGUUAGCUACUCAUGUUAUGACAUAAUCUACAAAAGGAAUAUAGAACUCAAGGGAUGUGUAGCCAUGUCUGAUUGGCGGGUACAUCAUAAGCCUCUCAGUUUCCAUGUUUAUCACAUUUAUCAUUGUGUCUUAUUUCUUUUAUUCCAUUUAUAUUUUAUUGGGCACGCUUCAUAACGAUUGUUUUAUCUUACAUGACUCUGUAUCUGUUCUGUAUUUUAGUCAUAUCCAUAUCACUCAAUUGCCUCUUUUCCUAUUAUAAAACAAAAAAAGAAGUAUGGUAUCAGUAGGCCGAUCGGUUGUUUGAAACAGUCUUAUGUCAAUUCAUGUACUAUUCCAUCUUCUUGUCAUCCCUAAACCUCAAUAAAAAAAGUGAUUGACAAAAACAAAUAAUUCUGGAAAGGUAAAAGUUUUUACUGUUUCAUAAACAGCAUGAACGUUCACCCUUAUAUUUAAAUUCCACAUUUAGCAAUACAGAAAAAAUCAGUCAAUACAGAUAGUCAAAGGGGAAAAAGAAAAGUACACUAUGAAUGACAGGCUCUACUCUGACCCCAUACUUGGUGCUGUCUAAGCAGAUCACAGCCCACUGCAGCCUGGUAAAGUUGUCCUGGAACACAGUUGGUCAAGCUGUCUGUGCAUGAGACAAGCAUGAUCGAUAUAUGGAUUUGUAGUAAUUCAUUGUACCAAUCCGGUCCAGAGCUAAGAGGGACUCUGCUGCUGGGCACCAGGCGAAGUGGAGGAUUGUAUACAAAACCUCUUGGUGCAAUCUGUCUAUAGCAGCAUGGGCAGAUAAGCUAGUACUUGGACCCAUUCUCUUUAAUAUUUUUAUUAGUGAUAUUGCAGAAAGUCUUGAUAGUAAGGUAUGUCUUUUUGCUUAUGAUACUAAGAUAUGUAACAGGGUUGAUGUUCCAGGAGGGAUAAGCCAAAUGGCAAAUGGUUUAGGUAAACUAGAAAAAUGGUCAGAGUUGUGGCAACUGACAUUUAAUGUGGAUAAGUGCAAGAUAAUGCAUCUUGGACAUAAAAACCCAAGGGCAGAGUACAGAAUAUUUGAUAGAGUCCUAACCUCAACAUCUGAGGAAAGGGAUUUAGGGGUGAUUACUUCUGAUGACUUAAAGGUAGGCAGAUAAUGUAAUAGAGCAGCAGGAAAUGCUAGCAGAAUGCUUGGUUGUAUAGGGAGAGGUAUUAGCAGUAGAAAGAGGGAAGUGCUCAUGCCAUUGUACAGAACACUGGUGAGACCUCACUUAGAGUAUUGUACACAGUACUGGUGACCGUAUCUCCAGAAGGAUAAUGAUACUUUAGAGAGAGUUCAGAGAAGGGCUACUAAACUGGUUCAUGGAUUGCAGGAUAAAACUUACCAGGAAAGGUUAAAGGAACUUAACAUGUAUAGCUUGGAGGAAAGACGAGACAGGGGGUACAUGAUAGAAACAUUUAAAUACAUAAAGGGAAUCAACACAGUAAAGGAGGAGACUAUAUUUAAAAGAAGAAAAACUACCACAACAAGAGGACAUAGUCUUAAAUUAGAGGGGCAAAGGUUUAAAAAUAAUAUCAGGAAGUAUUACUUUACUGAGAGGGUAGUGGAUGCAUGGAAUAGCCUUCCAGCUGAAGUAGUAGAGGUUAACACAGUAAAGGAGUUUAAGCAUGCGUGGGAUAGGCAUAAGGCCAUCCUAACUGUAAGGUAAGGCCAGGGAGUAAUGAAAGUAUUUUAAAAAUUGGGCAGAUUAGAUGGGCUGAAUGGUUCUUAUGUGCCUUCACAUUCUAUGUUUCUAUGCAGGCCUGUCUUCCCCAUGUUGAAUAGGGAGAUGGACAAUAGGUGGCUUCUGGGGGCUGGUAGGGCUAAGGCAUGUUUAUUUUAGCUCAGCCAAGCAGCUUGUCACACUGUGGAAGGGGUAAUAAAACCAGACUUUCAAAAUGACAUAAAACAAAAACUCUGGGUGAGGGGCACUGUGCCAACACACAUACUGAUGAGACCCCACUGAUCUACAGGCUUAAACAUAUUUAAAUGAUUAUUUAAUUAUUUAAUUUAGAUUUAAAAAAAAAAUUUUAAUCAGAUAAUUAACUUGUUUUUUUUAAAUUCUCUUUACUUUUUUUCAGAAAAACUACUUGAGGUGUGUGAACAAUAUCGGAAAGCAGAUGAUGCCACAAAGAAUUUUUUAGAAAAGCACUAUGGGAAGAAAUUGGUGCGGAAAACAGUGGCUGAGUUGGAGAGCAAGGAUUGGGUGGUUAAAAAUUCUAGGCCUUGUCCUCAGUGUGCAUCUCCUAUACAGGAAAGUUAUACACCUGCUUUUGUCAAUGCACUAUUUUUUUUUUUUUUUAUGUGGCAGCUAGUAUACAUAAAACUUAGAACAUGCAUACAGAUGUGCCAGCCAGCCACUCUUCAAGCUACUCUCACAUUUAAAAUGUAUACUACAAGCACCAUAUCUACUUAUAUUGUUUGCAAAAGCAUUGGUGCAAGAAGUUCACUGCUUAUACCUCCAAUUAUAAUUGUUGCAGCUGUGCACAUAUUGCUGCUGCUAUAUAUCCAUCCUGCACUCUAGAACUGCGUAAGCAAGAUUUUGAAAGUGCUGUGCCAUAGUAAUACUAUAAAGUCCAUUGGAGUGCCAGCACUUUUUUUUGCUAAGUUGAAGUGCCAAUGUCACUUUGAUGUGUCAGCUUGUAUGGUGGUGGCCAGAGGUGAGAGUAAUAGGCACAUGAUGUUCUCCUUCCUCAGCACUGCUAUCAUUGUUCUUCAACUCCUAAUGCUGCGGCUGUCUGGAGCCAUUGGCACUAUUGUACUUUCAUGCAAAAUUGCGUCUACAGAUGAUCCUUUAAGACAACAGGAUCUUCCAUAGUCACACUUUCUAACAUUUCAAGUGGUCAGAGAGGGACUCUUUAAUUUUAGGGGUAUGACUGGACAUGUAGCCAGAGGCGGGCUGUUAAGAGAGGUUUUAGAUAACUUACAAAUAACAAUGUAUGCAACUAAAAUGUAAUUCAGUACAAUGUACUUAGGUGAUGACUGCACAAUGAUGGAGCCUGUGGUCUCCACCUCUGUGUCUGCUUUAGCUCUUCUCAGUGAGUCAAAGCAUUGCCAUGGUAACCGCUCAGAAGCAUAAAAUUGUGUGAAAAUGGUCUGCAUCAACCAAGCUCCCUUGCUCAAGCAAGUGGGGAGCUUUAUGCCUGCUUGGGAGGUCAUCUAAUCUCCUCAGUGGGCUUAUUUGGAUCUGAUAGUCAUGCAGGCCAUAACUAUAUAGAACUUCAUUGUAUUUAGUUAUAUUUGUAGUUUGACAGUUGGUGAGAACUGUUUUGAUAUUUUAUAAGUGUUUACAAUUUUAUUACGUUGUUGUUUUUUGCUUUUAAAGUAUAAUUUAGUUUUUUUGUUUGAGCUACUGAGUUAGUCUGUUCAUACUAAACACACAUUUAAAAGAUAAACUUCAAGCACCAUAUCAAUUAAUAUUUUUUCCAUAGAGGUAAGUAUUUCCAUAAGUCUUUUGUCCUUAGGAGUGGGUGAGUGGGUUUGCGAGAUCAGUGUGUAGCCCUCCUACCGGUUCUGUCCACUUGUUGAUUUCAAUGUAUUUCUCUCUAUACCCUUGUAUUACUUUAUACCCCUAUCUAUCUUCUCGGCCCUCUCUGGUUUAUAUCCCUUGGGCUCCAUCUUGUACGCCUGGGGGCAUAUACUUGUUGUAUUGUUAAAUCCCCUUGGGGGUCGCUCUAGUGCUUUGGGGACUAUUCGUUGUCCUCUUGUCUCGUGGGGGUGUGUAUGGUUUCCCAUCUAAGUUGAGCUUUCUCAAAUCUCUGGCUGUUGCCGUAGGCUUUUCUCGCCACCGUUUCGUAUUGUAUGUUAGUAGAGACCUGCUUUAUCAGGACUCGUUUUGUCGGUGCUGUUAUAGUUUUCCAUUCUCUUGCUAUGAGCGUCAGGGUUGCUAUUAGUAUGUGGAAGAUCAAUAUUGCCUCACUCCCUUUGAACUGGCCCAAUUCCAUAAAUAGGAGGCACAUUUCUGGGGUGAUUGUGACGCUGGUGUCUACAACCUCUUUAAUAAUGCUCUCUACCAUCUCCCAGUAGGGACGGAUCACCUCGCACGUCCACCACACGUGGUACAUCGUGCCCUCCAUCACCCCACAUCUCCAGCACUGUGCGGAUGUUCCUGGGUAUAUAUAUAUUUUUGCCAGUCUGGCUGGCACCAUGUACCAUCUAUAAUACACUUUCCUCUUUAAUUCUAGGUGUGUUGUACACAAUGUCUUCCCCUUGUGUGCCGUUACUGCUUUUGCCCAUUGGGUUUCAUCGAAUUGUUUUCCCAUAUCCCCCUGCCAGGCCUCACUGAAUCUAUCCAGAUGUACAGGUGUACCCACGUUUAGGAGCGAGUAGCACAUAGAUAUUAUCCCUUUUGACUGCUUUUGGUUCAGACACAUUCUCUCUAACACUGUAAGUGUGCUCACCCCGUUCGGGGUGGGCCCCUAGCAUUGAUUUUAAUUUGUAGAUAUGGAAAUAUCAGUCUGGGGGGUAGGUUAAAUGUUUUUUGGAGAAUGGGGAAUGGUAUCAGGUUGUGUGCCUCUAGGAGGUCUCUCACAUGUGUACACCCUCUCUUUGUCCAUUCCCUGUGGUCAAACGUGUUGUUGGCUGCGUGUAGGCUGGUUAAUGGGGUCGCCGGUGACCAUGGUAGCAUGGACACCAAUGCCUUCUGUGUUUUGUCCCAGGCUUUCAGCAUUGUUUUGGUGGUGGGUAGUAUGUGAGGUUGGGUUGGGCGCAUCUUUUUAGGUACCCGCACUAGUUUCCAAAGGUCUACCCCUUGUAACCAGUGAUCUUCAAUUUCUAGCCAUUGGGGGGUUGUGCUAUAAGUGUGUAUCCCCACCAUUGGGGCCAAUAGUGUCACCUGGUAAUAGGUUUUGAUAUUUGGCAAAGCAAGACCCCCGCGGGGGAUAGGUCUAUAUAAGAAUUUUGUCGCUACUCUCACUCUCUUUUGUGCCCAUACAAAUUUAGUGAGCAGUGUUUGUAUUUUGUUCAGGUAUGAGGACGGCAGGUCUAUUUGUAAUGUUCUAAAUAGGUAUUGUAGCUUGGGGAGGAGAGACAUUUUAAAUGCCGCCAUCCUUCCCAGCCAAGAUAGGUAUUUAUCUUUCCAUGAGGCCAAGCUGGCUUCCAGUUCCUUUUGUAGGGACUCAUAGUUGGCCUUGAAUAGGCCUCCUAAUGUCUUGGUUAGUUUAAUUCCUAGGAAGGUGACACUGUCCGUCCUCCAGUCCAGUUCAAAUUUCCCCCGUAGUACUUGCAUUACGUCAUUGGGUAUGCCUAUCCCCAUCGCCUGGGUUUUUGUUACGUUUAGUUUAUAGUAUGAACUGUCUCCAUAUUCUGUUAUUACUUGUAGUAAGUGUGGCAUUGAUAUUAGAGUCAGUAGCACAUCGUCCGCGAAUAAAUUGGUUUUGUAUUCCUUCACCCCUAUGCGCACUCCAUGUAUGGAGUCGUGUUGUCUAAUCUUAGAGGUCAAUGGCUCCAGAGCUAGGACCUAAAGCAGGGGUGACAGAGGGCACCCCUGCCUCGUUCCGUUCGAGAUGCUAAGGGGGCUAGACAGGAAUCCCGCAUUGUCAGAAUAUUUAUAUCAACAGACAUUUUGUGCUAAAAAGAAAUUAAAAGUGUAUAUUGCCAGAGUCACUCAGAACAGAGCGGACUCCAUUUUGCUAUCUUCAGGAUAACAGAGACAUAGUUUCUUCUUACUUUCACUAACCAAGUGAUAAGCAAUUAAGCAGGGGGAUGGAAUGCUCUGUCUAAAUGUUAAAGGAAUGCAUUACAUAAACACAGACACUAGUGACAGAGCAGACUAAGUAAUUAAUUUUACUUUCUAAAUUUUACAAGGUUCCAUUGUAAGUAAGGGGUGAAAUUGAGUUUAGAACUGUCAAUUUUACAAAUUACGAUCAAAGUAGUUGCCACAAAGACUGAGACAAACGCUUUGAACUGACAGCAAAUCUAAGUUAUGGUAGUCAUUUUAGAUAAGCCAAAUGACGUCAAAAUCGUCAUCAGGAAAAGUUAACUCUUUCCUGGAUAAGAAGGAUUAGUUAGACAAGACUGCCCUCUAUGGAUCAAAUACCUAAAUUGCGAUCCAUAGAUUGAACACAUCUAUGGUUUCCUAUUGGUUUAUCAACUAAUGACGUACAGAGAAUCUGGCCCUUUAAAAGUUAGGGAAGAGAAGGUAGUUGAGAGAGAGACGAGGUGAAGUUUGGGGAAUUCCGAUUCGGACAUGCAGAGAAAUCCAGGACAUUUUCUGGGACUAACACUCUACUCUUAAACUCUCUUGGACACAACUCCUUGACACUUAAAAUUCUACUCUGACUUUCUAACCAACACCACUUUUCUUUAUUACUCACGCACCUCCAUACAACCAAUCAAGUUCCUGGGACUACCUACUCAUCUGAUGAGAAUAUCUACAUAACUGGUAAUUAUGCUGUUUUUAUUUAAUUAAUUUAAAUUAAUUAAAAUUUACUAAUAGCAUGAUAUAUGACUGGAUAAAUCACGGUCAGAUUUCAUAUUUAGAAAUCUUAGUUAACUAAAGAAUAUAUAGUUAUAAAUAUUCCAUUCUGCAGGUGGAAUUAAGAAUAAUUAUAUAUUAAUGUGAUAGUAUCACGUGUUAGCAUACCGCUGUUUUUAUCCAGGUGUAUUUGCUCUAAUAUAAGAUAAGAUAUCUUCAAAUUAAAAUUCGGCUUAUAGAAUCUGGUUGGAUGGUUCCAGGAAAUGACUAAUGAGCUGGUUGGUAUGUUAUUUAAUUGAAAAUCACAGGAGAAUAGGAUACUAUAUGCCUAGGAGGAUCUAGCCAGCAUGGGAAGGGUUAUUCAGUUGAUUUAACUGUUAGCCAAGGUUUUAUGGCUUUUCGCUGUGUGAAGUUCACCCUCAUAAAUCUUAAGUGACAGUUCUUGCUGUUAGCCAUUGGAACGUGUAUAGCCAUUCCUUUGUAUUGUAUACUUAUGUUAUACUAAAUACUCACUGAUUAUUAUCAUGCAUGCUGCCUAAUAUUAUUGUUAUGUUACAUGUUACAAUAAAUAAAUCUAUUAUUAUAACAAAUUGUGAUUUAAUUGUAUGGAAUACUUUUCACUUAUUUGAUAAACGAUCUCUAAGAUCUAAGAGAAUUGAAAUAGUGGGCAAUUCUCGACUGCUUAAUAUUGUCAUCCCAUAAAUAUCCCCACAGCAUUGAGUACCUGGGCUUUUGGUGCGCUGUACAACGCCUUUACCGCUGACCUAAAGUUGCUUGGAAUCCCAAACUUUGCCAUGACCGCUUCCAGGAAUGUCCAGUGCAGGCGGUCAAAGGCCUUCUCUGCGUCUAGGGAUACCACAAGGCCUCCCCCUUUGUGUAUUCUGGGUAGACUGUGCAGUAUGUUUAAAACUUUGCGCGUGUUGUCCGCUCCCUGUCUCCCAACCACAAAUCCAACCUGAUCUGAGUGGAUCAACCGGGGGAGGAGAAUGCUCAAUCUCAUUCCAUACAGUUUGGUGAAUAUUUUCGCAUCCGCAGUGAGAUGGGUCUGAAGUUUUGAGGGACUGUAGGUGGUUUCCCUGGUUUUUGUAAUGUUAUGAUAUGGGCUAGUAGUGAGUCCGUGGGGAGAGCUUGUGUGUUGGUCACCUCCGUGAACAUGUGUACUAGUUGAGGUGCUAGUAGAUGUAGAAAAGUUUUGUAAUAGCUAUUGUCCAAGCCAUCUGGGCCUGGGGCUUUGCCGUUUGGCAGGUUCCUUAUUAUGGUAUGGAUUUCUUCCUCUGAUAUUGGUUUUGUGAGCUAUCUCGCCUGUUGGGGUGUGAUCGUGGGGAGGUUUAUUGUGGACAGGUAUGCAUUAAUGUGUUCCUCUGUGGGAUGGUAAGCGUUGUUAUUUUUAUUUAUGUUGUACAGGGAGGCGUAAUAAUUUGCAAAUUCAUUGCAGAUGUCUUUUGGGAUCAUUUUCUUUUCCCCCGUUGGGGACAGGAGAAAAGCUAUUUUUUGAUUUGCCCUUCGUUCUUGUAGUCUCUUGGCUAGGAAUCUGCUAGCUUUAUUCCCUUGUGUGUAUUGUCUUAUUUUUAAUCUUUGGAGCAUGUAUCCUGUCUGCUCUAGUGCUCUCUGAUGUAUUUUGGCCGUGAUGUUAGAUAUUUGUGUUUUAAGGUCGUUGAAUGGGGAGAUUUGGUUUUGAGUGUUUAGUUGGUAUAGGUCCCGUCUCCAUUGUGUAAGUUGUGUUGAGGAUUGUUUGUGUAGGUAUGCUGGCCUUUUAAUGAAAACCCCUCUAACCACCGUCUUGUGGGUUGCCCAUAUUGUGCCCUGAGACAUUCCUGGAGUGGCAUUCUCUAUAAAGUAGUCGUGUAAGAUGGCCUCUAUUUCUUUUUUAAAUGUGCGGUCAUGCAGCAAGGAAGCGUUCAGCCUCCAUGGGCUGCGGUGUUUAUAGUCGUAUUGGUCUUUGACCGAUAGCGAAACUGGUGCGUGAUCCGACCAGGUGAUUUGGCCGAUGUCACUGUCAGCGAUUUGGUUGAGUCCCUGCCUGUAAAUUAGAAUCCCGUCUAUCCUCGAGUACGUGUUGUGAACAUGAGAGAAGUGGGUGUAUGCCCGCUCCGAUGUGUGGGAUAUUCUCCAUGUAUCAAAGUAGUGGUGAAGGGAAAGGAGGUUUUGUAUCUUUUUGCAUUGUCUGUGGAGUAUUUUAUAUCUAGGACUGUAUUGUGAGAUAUUAGAGUCUAGUCUGGGAUCCCAAACAUGGUUGAAGUCCUCACAUAUAAUAGACACUCCCUCUUGUAUUGUAGCUAGUUUUUGUAGCAGAUGCUGUAAGAACCUUCUCUCGUUUGCGUUAGGUGAAUAGAGAUUCGUGAUUGUAUAUGUCAUGUCGUUAAUAGUGCAUUUCAAUAUAGCAUAUCUCCCAUUUGCAUCUAAUUCUAUGGAGAUCAAGGUGAAUGCUACCCGUUUAGAUAUUAGUAUGGAGGUCCCCUUGGACUUCGUGGGGGAUGUCGCGUGGUAUUGGUGUGGGUAUUCGGACACCGAUGGUAAAAUAUAGUUUUCAGUUCUAUAGUGAGUCUCUUGGAGACAGAUGACAUCAGCAUCUGCGUGUUUAAGUUCUUUAUACAAUUGGUGUCUCUUAACCGGUAAGUUUAACCCUCUAACAUUUAGGGAAUAGAUUUUCAUGGGGGUCUGUACAAGCACCAAUGUGGGGGGUUCGCUCGCCCCAGCAGCAUCAAGUCGAGCAACUUUCCCCUAUUUGAGAGUAGUAUUAGGACAAACCUCUUUCGCCUACGUAUGGGUGAAUGGGUACCUUUUGGGACCUUAGUGCCAGUGAGAGCCCACCGGGCUCGGCUCGCCGUAUAGGUGUCCUGUGGGUACCUGGGGAGGGUUGCAACUUGAGUGGUCCCAGCUAAACCGGGGGGAAUUGGGGAAGAUAACAUUAACUGGGAAAAUAAACAUAACGUGUAUCUGAUUUGCCAUAUGUGGCUUAGGUACUGUUUAGUACCUCUGGGGGUGGAAGUGUAAACUUCCUGUCGGUGGGGUGCUUUCCCUGACUUGGCCCUUAUAAUAACAUUUAAGGUGGUCAUGGUGUCUUCGUAGUCUGAGCCCAGGCUACCCCUAUUGGGUGUUCUGCCAAGUGUGUUUUUUUUUUUGUGGUGUACAAAAACUGCCUAACUGUGGCAUACCCUCAGCAUGUCAAUGAGCAGUAUAUGAUACCCUUGAGUUCCUCCAUGGUCGGUUUAUCAUGACCAGUCUCUCAACAGUCUCUCGGUACUGCUUGCAAUCUAUUGGCGUAAUGACAUUGUCUUCAAGCCUUCUCUUUAACUUUUCUCUAGUCCAUGGAGGUACCGCCCGUCCUCUGUGGGCUCAGCCGCUGGCUCGGCUCUGACAUGCCCCACCAUUGCAGCAACCGGGAUCCUUCCUCAGGUGUAGUUAUGGUAGACACUUUCCCUCCUCUGGACACUAGUACUUUCACCGGGUAUCCCCAUCUGUAUGGUAGUUUGUUAAUCCUGAGCUGUUCUGUGACACUUUUAAAUUCUCUCCUUCUUUUUAGCGUAUACGUUGAUAUGUCCGCAAACACCAUCAAUCCCCCAUAGGAGUCUGGAAGUCUUCUUCGCCCGGCACGUUUGGAGCACCACUUCUUUUACGUGGUAAUAGUGCAUUUUUAUGAGGACGUCUCUUGGGGUAUCUUGGGGUAGGAAGCUGGGUUUGGCCGUUCUAUGGUACCUGUCCAUAAGUAGCUGGUCUUGUGGUAUAUCAGGUGCCAGCUUUUUCAGCAUGUUGUGCAGGUAUGCUGCCAUUUCUGCUUGCCCCACUUCCUCUUUUAUCCCGCGUAUCCGCAGGUUAUUUCGGCGGGCUCUAUCUUCCAUGUCAGCUAGUUUUAAUGCAUAUGUUUUCAUUUGGUUUUGUAGCUCUGUCACCUCUUCUUCCAGCCCUCUGUGGGCUUCAGCCAGCUUCGCCAUUUUUUUUUCUGUCCCAGUUGUUCUCACCUCCAGCUCUUGGAUAUCUUUAUGCAUGGCCCCAAUUGUGGUUUUAAAGCUGUUUUCCAGCCUAGCAGACAUCUCCUCCAGCAGUGUCCGCACCAUCUCCUGUGUGAGGGGAGCUUCACUGUUUGGGGACUUGCUAUACUGUUCAGCAGGUUCUUCGGCGCCAUCUUGGAUUUCCUCCUGCACCAAGGCCUGCUUCCCCUGCGGCGUCCGUGAGGCAAAAAAUGCGGUCUUUUCCGCCUUGUCCGCUUGCCUCUUCCCUUUAGCUUGUGACAUGCUGGCUUGGGGUACCUGUUGCCUCUGUUUUAUUUUCGGCUGUGAUCGCCAAAUUGCUCCUGUGGGUCUAGUCGGAGCGGAGCGCUCAGUACAUGCGUCAGCUCAGCACCGCCGCCAGGACACAACGUCGUUUAUAUUUUCUGAUGAGCUUUGCCACAGGCGAUACAGCUAUCUAAGAAAAACUCACAACUCAACUACAUAGUCCAUAAAAGGGCAAUGGUAUUAAACAGCCAGACAAAAUUAUCACUGAGUGACGUCCAAACUUAUUUCUCCAUACUUUAUCUUGCACGUUAUUGUCCAUUCUCUCACACAUAGCUAAAUUUUCUUAUUAAGCUUCAUACAUCAGCUAGUCUUACAUGCACAUACCAAACUAGUAAUACUACCUCACACUUUAUUAGCCACUCUCUUUCCCACACACCUAAUGAAAACCACUCACAAUUAUAUCUAGUCACUCACUUUCACUAGCACAUACCAAACUAGUCACAAACUCUCUCUAAUAAUAAGUAGUCACUCUCUCACAAAUGCAUACAUAGAACCUACAGGUAAUUAUGACACUCCACAUAAACACUGAUAAAGCUGCUUCCGCAGACGUUAACCUGGGCCCAUACGUUGUUAUUUGUAACCAUGGCAAUAAUGCAAUGAAGCAUGGCGUAACAUAAAGCUGAAGAUGCCUGCAGUCUUGAGGUACAAGCUGCAGUGCGAUUUAAAGUUCAACAAACUCCUCCCACAACUGCAGGUCUGUGUAUAUGUAUAUGUAUCAACAGAGUUGUGGUGGGGAAAAAGUGUGGAUGAAAACCCCUUCCACCUGAAGUAAGUGGAUAGUUAAUACAUUGCUAAACACAAAUACACACACCAGUCAAGCCAUGAGACUUGCUUUUCCCACAGAAAUCUCACUUUAGCAGUACUCUCACUACUACAAGGGAUUAUGGGUAUGUGUAUGCAAAUUAACUCAACAAAGAACCACAUUUUUUCAUCCACACUUUUUUCCCCACCACAACUCUUUUAGUAUGUACUUUACAAGUAAUGCCAAGCAUCCAUAGCAAGCCAGUAACCAGCCUCAUGCUGAUGAGUUGCAUUAACAACGAAACAGCUAUCCACGAGUGGUUCACUGGCUUUGCAUCUUUUCCUAAGUUGUGUUUGGUAUACAGCAAACACAGAUUCAAAGGAAUCCAUGAUUAAAAUGGAAUGAGGCAAAAAUGUGAUCCUUUGUUAAACUAAUUUGCAUAUGCCCACCCAGAAUCCGUUGCGGUAGUAACAUCAAUGCAGUAAAGCAAGUCUUAUGGCUUGACUGGUGUGGAGAUUUUUGUUUAACAUUGUAUUAACUAGCCACAGACUUCAGGUGGAAGGCGUUUUCAAUCACAAUUUUUUCCCACCAUAACCUUUUUGUUUUUUGAUAUAUACAGCAGUGUAUUUACCACGAGGCUGGCAAGGCAUUUGCCUUGUGCGGCACUUUCAGGGGGACGGCAAAGAAAGCCACCCCUCAAACGUCUUGUCAUGGGGGGCUCAGGAGCUGGCUGGGUGGCCACCUGUGGGCUCCCCCCCCCGAGGCUGGAAUGGGCUGAUGUGGGAGGUGGGUGCCGCACUUUGAGCUCUUCCCUGCUCAGCUCCCUCGUGCGCACCGCAGUGAUGUCAGAGCAGGAAUAUGACAUCACUCUGGCAUUACUAAGAGGCGCACGAGGGAGCUGAACAGGAGGAUCACUGCUCCUCCGCCGCCUCCACUGUUAGCCUGCCUGCCUGCGUGCCUGCCAGCCCAACCAGCGGCAGCCCCACUGGACCCCAGGGAAGAAGCCACCAAAAUCUAAGCAAAUAAUAAAAAAUAAAUUGUGAGUGUGUUAGUGUGUGUGUUUGUUAGUCUGUCUGUUAGUGGGAGUGUUAGUGUAUGUCUAAUCAUAGGCGUGCGCACGGGGUGUGCCGGGUGUGCCUGGGCACACCCUAAUCCCCGUGGCACGCCUAUGGUUUGAGUCCUGCAGAAACAGCGUUCCUGCACUUUUUUUGAGCAGGAACGCUGUUCCUGCAGGCACUCAGCACCCCCUGUCUCACCUCUUGCCCCUGUCAUGGGGGGGGGCAAGAGGUGAUGGAUCCCCCCCCUCUCUGCAGCUCAGCCGCGGCGAGGGAGCUCUCUGCUGUCUGCUCUCUGCUCCCUCUCACCGCGCGCUGAUGCUGGGAGCCGGAAUAUGACGUCAUAUUCCGGCAACAGCAGACAGCCCGCGCGGCGAGAGGGAGCAGACAGCAGACAGCAGAGAGCUCCCUCGCCGCGGCUGAGCUGGAGAGAGGUGCCCGCCCCACUGGACCCCAGGGAAAAGUCCACGCCAGCACUCCAGGUAGGAGGCUGGGUGGACAUUUUUAUAAUAAUUUGUUCUUGUGUGUGAGUGUGUGUGUGUCUGUGUGUGAGUGUGUGUCUGUGUGUGAGUGUGUCUGUGUGUGUGAGUGUGUCAGUGAGUGUGUGUCUGUGUGUGAGUGUGUCAGUGAGUGUGUGUCUGUAUGUGUGUGUCAGUGGGUGUGUGUGUGUGUGUGUGUGUGUGUGAGUGUGUCUGUGUGUGUGAGUGUGUCAGUGGUGUGUGUGUGUGUGUGUGUGUGAGGUGUGUGGUGUGUGUGUGUCUGUGUGUGAGUGUGUCAGUGAGUGUGUGUCUGUGUGUGAGUGUGUCUGUGUGUGUGAGUGUGUCAGUGAGUGUGUGUCUGUAUGUGUGAGUGUGUCAGUGAGUGUGUUGUGUGUGUGUGUGAGUGUGUGUCUGUGUGUGAGUGUGUGUGUGUCUGUGUGUGAGUGUGUCUGUGUGUGAGUGAGUGUGUCUGUGUGUGUGAGUGUGUCAGUGAUUGUGAGUGUCUGUGUGUGUGUCAGUGAGUGUGUGUGUGUGUCUGUGUGUGUGUCUGUGAGUGUGUGUCUGUGAAUGUAUGUGUGUGUGUCAGUGAGUGUAUGUGUGUGUCUGUGUGAGUGUGUGUCUGUGAAUGUGUUUGUCUGUGAGUGUAUGUGUGUGUGUGUCUGAGAGUGUGUGUGUGUACGCAUAUAUAUGUAUAUAUAUAUAUAUAUAUGUAUAUAUAUAUAUAUAUAUAUAUAUAUACAUACACACACACACACACACACAGAGCCGGCGCUAUCUGAGUGCCAGCUCUGCUCUAAGCCUCCAUGGGCCGGCGGGGAGACCAAAGAUCUACCUCACCGGCCCACAGCAGCAUGGAGGGAGGCAGGAGAGGACCCAGGGAGCUCUAGAAAGAAGCUCCGCCAGGUUCCUCUCGCGAUAUCUGAGUGUUGCUGCGAGUUCACACUGGACCAGGGAUGGCACAUGGCAGCAAGGAUUUACUAAUCUGCCAAAUCCCUCCAAACAUACAGCACACACAUACAGCACCUACACACAUACAGCUCACACACACACAGUACACUAACCGCACCCUCACAAACACACACAGCACCUUUAAAAAAAAGCGCAACACCCUCACACACAGCACACUAACAGCACCCUCACAAACACACAAACAGCACCCUCACAAAUACACAACACUCACACAAACAGCACCCUCACAGGACAAACAUACACACACAAACAGCACAGUCACAAACACACACACACACCCUCACAUCACACUAACAGCACCCUCACACACACAUCACACUAACAGCACACUAACAGCACACACAGCAGUGUGUGUGUGUGUUUGUGUGUGUGGAUAUAUCUAUCUAUCUAUCUAUAUAUAUAGAUAUAGAUAUAUACACACACACACACACGGCGUGUGUUUGUGCUUUAGGGUGCACACCCAAAUGCAAUAGGCUGCGCACGCCUAUGUGUCUAAUAGUGAGAGUGUGUGUGUGUUAGUAAGAGUGUGUGUCUGUGUCUGUUAGUGAGUGUGUCCGUGAGAGUGUGUGUGUUAGUGUGUGUGUCUGUUGGUGAGUGUUAGUAUGUUUGUUAGUGAUAGUAUGUGUGUCUAUCAAAGAGUUUGUGUCAGUGAGAGUGUGUAUCUGUCAGUCAAUGUGUAUGUCUGUUAGCGAAUGUGUGUCUCUGACACGGAGUGUAUAUGUGUCUGUCAGUGAGUGUGUAGGUGUGAGUAUGUGUGUGUCUGACACUGAGUGAGUGUGCGUCUGUCAGUGAGUGUGUAUGUGUAUCUGUCAGUGAAUGCGUGUGUCAGUGUGUCUGUUGGUGAGUGUGCGUGUCUAUUUGUCAGUGAGUGUGUAUGUUUCAGUGAAAGUGUGUGUGACAAUGACUGUGUAUCUGUCAGUGAGUGUACGUCAGUGUAUUCAUCAGUGAAGGUGUGUGUCUGUUAGCAGUCCCGGUGCAAGGAUUUUUGCCGCCCUAGGCAAAAUAAAAAUUUGCCUUCCCCCCCCUAUGCGACAUCACAAUGCCCCACCCAUAUGAUCUGCCAUAUGAACUAACGCCAGUGCUGCACACAGUGUGGGUUUACAUUAAAAAUCCUGCAGAGACAGGCUACAGACACCAGAACCACUACAUUAGGCUGCAGUGGUUCUGGGGACUAUAGUGUCCCUUUAAUGUGAGGUAAAUUAGAAAUUAGUGCCACGAAUAAUAUACUAGAUUGCCUACUUACAACCAGAUGAGGAUGAUGAUGGGCUCUGGUUGCAGUCUGGCUCCACUGGUCUGGUGUAGAACAAGCUCUCUGACGGCUGUUUGUAACUGUGGUCACAAAAGUCAAUGUUCUGGGGGAACAUGAAGCAGCUCCAUUUUUUUGGCCCCUUGCACAGCUCAAGGUCUGGGCCCCCAGCGGGGGUGGAGUGUGUAGGGGAUGGGUUACGUGUUAGUGUAGAGGAUCUAAAGUGUGUGCUUAUGGAAUGUAGUGUAUAGGGAUACCAGUUUGUGUAGGUGAUGUGUGUGUGCCCUUAGUGGUCUCUGCUCUCCUCUGCCCCCCCUAGUGGUCUCUCCUCCCCCGUUUCCAUUAGUGGUCUCUCCUCCACCCCUCACCCUUCCCUAGUGGUCUCUCCUCCACCUCCUCCCUCACUUACUGGUCUCUCCUCACCCCCUUAGUGAUCUUUCCUCACCCCCUCCCUCCCUUAGUGGUCUUUCCUCACCACCCCCCCUCCCUCCCAUAGAGGUCUCUCCUCCACCUCCCUCCCCCUCCCAUGGUGGUCCUUCCCCCACCCACUCCCCCUCCCAUGAUGGUCUCUCCCCCACCCCCCUUAGUGGUCUCUCCCCCCGUUCUCCUCAACCCCCCUCUCCUACCCUGUGUAGCGUGGCCAAGCUCUGGUCCAGUUUCUGUUUCCUGUACCGCGGACCGGAGCUUGGCCACGCUACACUGAGGGACUGGCAGGAGGGAGCGCAGUGCUCUGCCUAAGUCUCCUUUAGGAACCGCUGGCCCUGUCUGUUAAGCAAAGAGUGUGUUGUUUUUUAACAGGAAGUGACAUUUAGAAGGGGGAGGGGUGUUGCCUGAGUUUUGUCAUGCCUAGGGCAGCACAAUAACCAGAAUACACCACUUAAAAUAUAUAUGUAUAUAUAUAUAUACAUAUAUAUAUAUAUAUAUAUAGAAAAAAGAUAAAAAGACCUUGCACUCCUACUCACGGUUGUUUUAACACUCUUGUGUUUGUCCUGAUGAAAGUUUCUAUUCGGAACUGAAACCUUGAUGAUUGUUUGUCACUCUUUCCAGUAAAGAAGUUUGUGUGAAAAUACCUGGGAGUGCUGAUUUUUCUUGAUAUAUAUAUAUGGAGGUCCCAAUCUUGCUGCUAAAACAGCUCUGGUGCUUCGAGGCAUUGAUUGCACAAGACUUCUGAAUGUGUCUUACGGUACCUGCCAACAAGUUAUUAGCCUCAGAUCCCUUAAGUCCUGCAAGUUUUAAAGGGAGCUUCCUUGGAUCAUAUUUGUUGUAACAGCAAAUCCCACACAUGCUCAAUCAAAUUGAAAUCUGGGGAAUCAUUUAUUGCAAAUUCUGUUUAAUUUAGAAUUUCUGAUCUCCUGCUCUGUUAAUUGUAUUUAUUUACUUAUUUAUAAAAUAUUUUACCAGGAAAGAUACAUUGAGAUUUACUCCUGGGCGGCAGCAACGACCAUAGUACACAUCAGCCAAAAUACAUAUAGUAAAAACCAAAGAAAAAAGUUAAAGUGGAAAGAGCAUAGGUAACUUUUUUCUUUGGUUUUUACUGUAUGUAUUUUGGCUGAUGUGUACUAUGGUUGUUGCUGCCGCCCAGGAGUAAUGGGAGUUUGAGCACAGGACUUGUUUUUUUGUAUUUGUAUUCACUUUUGUAUCACACAGCUAGGUUACAAUGCUGCUGCCCAUCCCAUGUGUUCCCUAUUAAGGGUUAAUAAGCAUGUAGGGAUGUAUAUAAAAAAUACCCAUUUCUGUCUCAUUAGAGAUAUCUUUGCAGAAGCUCAAGGAAGCAAGAUAAAUGGUUAGAGUUAGGACCCACCUGAGAGGUCUGCCUUGACGUGGCAGGUGGGCAUACCCUCUCAUGGCCAUUGGAGGUAACUAAAAACCUCCAUUUGUUUAAAAAUACAUAGGGAUGUGGAAAGAGCGCAGGUAACUUUUUUCUUUAGUUUUUACUAUAUGUAUAUUGGCUGAUGUGUACUAUGGUCAUGGCUGCCGCCCAGGAGUAAUGAGAGUUUAAACGCAGGAUUUGUUUCUUUGUAUUUGUAUUCACUUUUGUAUCACACAGCUAGGUUACAUUGCUGCUGCCCAUCCCAUGUUCCCUAUUAACCCCUUAAGGACACAUGAUGUGUGUGACAUGUCAUGAUUCCCUUUUAUUCCAGAAGUUUGGUCCUUAAGGGGUUAAGGAUUAAUAAGCAUGUAGGGAUGUAAAUAAAAAAUACCCCUUUCUGCCUCAUUAGAGAUAUUUUUGCCAGAAGCUCAAGGAAGCAAGGUAAAUGGUUAGAGUUAGGACCCACCUAAGAGGUCUGCCUUGACGUGGCAGGUGGGCAUACCCUCUCAUGGCCAUUGGAGGUAACUAAAAACCUCCAUUAGUUUAAAAAUACAUAGGGAUGUGGAAAGAGCGCAGGUAACUUUUUUCUUUGGUUUUUACCUUGACAUAUUUAGAAAAGUUUGGUAAUGGGACUGAAAUGGUGAAUGUAUGCUGUUGCACGGCUGUAAAAAACUAAUUACGUUAUCUUGUUUAUUUUGAAGUUCUAUGAGUGUGUUCUUCACUUUGGCUGAGAUCAUCAAGAUGAUCUCAGCCAAUCCAAUAGGAAAGCAUUGGGAGGCUAUUGUGCAUGUGUGGCAAAACGCUGAGCUGCCAAUCAACAUCUCCAGAGGGACCGUACAGCUCCUCCAUGCAGACCCAAUCUAAAACACUGCCCUCUUCCCCCCAUUCUAAUACACCGCCCCCAAAUCCAAUACACUGCCCCCAUCCCUCCUCUCUUAUACACUGCCCCUUCACUCAGUCUAAUACAUUGCCCCUUAAUCUAAUACACUGCCUCUCCUCCCUCCACGCUAAUUAAAUAGACUGCCCCCACUCCACUUUAAUACACUGCCCUCCCUACCCCUUAUUAAACACACAGCCCCUCCACCACUCUAAUACACUGGCCCCCUCCCUUCCUCAAAUAAAUACACUGCCCCCUCCUUCCUUCAAAUACACUGGCCACCUGACUUCCCCAAUUUAAUACACUGGCCCACUGACUUACCCAAAUUAAUACACUGCCCCCCCUCCCCCAAAUAAUACACUGUCCUUUCCCUCUCUUAAAUUAAUACACUGCUCACCCCCACCAAUUUAACACACUGCUCCCCCCCACCUACACUCUAAUACACUGGCCCCCUCCCUCCCUCAAAUUAAUAUACUGCCCCCUCCAUCCCCAAAUUAAUAUACUGGCCCCUCCCUCAAAUUAAUAUACUGCCCUCCCUAACUCAAAUAAAUAGAGUGCCCCUCUCUCGAAUUAAUGCACUGCCCCCCUCCCUCAAGCUCCUCUUCUCCUACCUUACAAUUUGCUCAUGCAGGCCAGACACUCCUCUGGCACUGCGAGCAGGAGGGAAGAGGGAGUGGCUGCUCUGGUCUGCUCAGCAGACACACGGCCACACUGCCCUCUUGUGGCCGGGUGAGCAAGAAUCAGAAAAUAUUUCUCCUGUCUUGCGGCUGGUCGCAGCCACAGCUGGAAGCGGCCACAGGGCAGGUAGGCUGCAUGUUUGACAUUCUUGCUUUAGAAUGAAGUUUAGGCAAAUUCCCUUUCCUUGCCUGUCUUGGUAUUGGUCCUAAAUCAACAACAUGAAAUAGGUUGUCAAUUCAUUUUGAGACCUAUGGAUUCUAAUAGGGAUUAUAUAUUAAUCAUUUUGACACAUAAUAAUAACAAUAUCCUGUGCUGUCCUACCUGGCAGCCCUAGUAACCUAAAAACUCCCUUACCCGAGAGACAGGCAAAAACUGGGGGGAUCGGAAGUUUAAGAUCUUUAUAGUAGGAAGGGGAAGUUCAGAGGAGGGACAGAAUCUUUAAUACUUGGGUUUUUUUUUUAAUACUUUAUUCUAUGUAAAAAGGACCAGCUUGACCAACCCAUGAGAAUUUGUAUGGGCUGUCCAAUACUUUCUAGUGAAUACAACUUGUUUUUGUGCUACUUUUGCAUGCAUUAUUUUUUUACCUUAUACUUCUUGUUUGCUUUUACAGAAAAUAGAUGGCUGCAAUAAGAUGUUAUGCAGUAAGUGUAACCAAGCAUUCUGCUGGCUCUGUAUGAGCAAAUUGAAUAUGGAUGACCCAUACAAGCAUUUCAAAGAUCGAACAUUACCCUGCUACAAUCGGUAUGUGUAGUGUUUAUUUUUAUCCAAAGUACAAUAAACCCAUGUAAUACACCAUGACCAAGGUUUUAUGACAGGAGUUAGAUAUUUGUGAGCUUGUUUGAAGAUGUCAACUGGUCUGCCAUUACAUGUAUACCAGGAAAUUUCCCAGUGGGCCGUAGGCACCUGGGGCCGGACAGACAGCUAGCUGUUCUGGCGGCCACAAAGGGGAGCUGGGUGUGCUGACUCUGCCAUUGCUUGCUCCUUAAUGAGACCAGGGCCGGAAUAUGAUGUCAUAUUCGGGCCCCGAUCUCAUUAAGCUGCGUGCUGGGGAGCAGAGCCAGCACAGCCAGGAGCCAGCACAGCCAGCUCCCUCUCCAGCCAUCAGAACAGGCAGGAGCCAGCACAGCCAGCUCCCCCCUGCGGCCAUCAGCACACCUGAACCAGCCGUCUGCUCUUCACGACUCCCAGGCUGGUCGCCCCAUAUUAUCUGUCAGUGUGAGUGAGUGUGUGUGUGUGUGUCUGUCAUGGUGUGUGUGUGUCUGUCUGUCUGUGUCAUGGCGUGUGUGUGUGUCUGUCAUGGUGUGUGUCUGUAAUGGUGUGUGUGUUUGUGUAUCUGUCUGUGUCAUGGUGUGUGUCUGUGUCAUGGUCUGUCUGUGUUAUGGUGUGUGUCUGUCAUGGUGUGUGUGUGUCUGUCAUCUGUCAUGGUGUAUGUGUGUGUCUGUGUGUGUUUAAAAAUAGUGUUUUUACUCAUCCUUUUUUUCCCCCACACUGUACUGUGGGGCUGUCAUAGAUUUUUUUUUUCCCAGGGCUGCUUUGUAUCCCCAGUCCAGCCCUGUAUAUGUAUUGCAUGCUAUAUCAGAAAAGCACAACGACAAUGACACAAAUAUAUUUAAUUUGUCUCCCAAUUUGAAAAUAAUGUAGGACCCACUGCUAUUGGGGUACUGUGAAGUAAUGGUAGACUUAAACAAUAUGGCCAUAUGGUGGGACUGAAUCCCCAUAUUUGUUUGUGGAGAUAGGUGAUUUUAAGCAGCCUCAUAAGAUUUACAACUGUAUUUUUAGGUGUGCGCUCUAACUUAAUCUGUACAAUAUACAAUAAUGACAUGCAGUUACCACAGUAUGUCAUGGCUAGGUUUAGUGAGGGUUUUUUAUUUUUAUUUGUAUUUUUUGCAAAAGCAAAAAUGACAUAAAAGAGGUAGGCUACCGAACCCUUAUCUAAAGCCACAUUCAUUUAUGGACUAUUGGAGCUGAAACUUCAGGCCCACACAUUGCAAUAGGUGAAAACGACUUGACUUUUAUUUAUUAUUUGUUAACUUGAUAAUUAUUAUCUGCUGUUUAGAUACAUAGUGCUAUUUUCAUGGUGUGUGACAGAGUCUCUCCUUGGCCUGGCAGAGUAACAUGGGAAACUCAUCAGUGUGCCAAAGCUGUGCUCCAUUACCAACAGUGACCCCUUGUAUCCAUUGCUAUUUUAGCAGAUUAUUCUCUGCAUUAGAAUGCUUUUAAUUGAUCUUACUUGUUUAAAGAUUUAUAAAUACCUGUGGGAAUGACUGUAAUAUCAGUUAAAGAUCAAGUCCAUGGUUUUCUAAUUACAAGAUGGCAAGAAUUAAAAAUCUAAAAUUUGUAAUGAGGCCCAUAGUAUUGUUUUAGUUUUAGGCCAACAAACACCCUAAUCCAUCAGUGCCCAGAAUCCAAUGAAACAAAACACUUUUAACACUUGCAAAAGUAGUAGUAAAAUCAUAUUUAUUAUAUUAUAGCAAAAAUUUAAAAAGCCUAAUGCACAAUGGGUACAAAAUUAAAUUAAAAAAAACACAAGUAGUACUUGCACUCAAUCACAAUAGGUGCAGGUAUUAGGGUCACCUCCAAAGACCCUCAAUAAUAUUAUACAAAAAAAUAUACCAAACGAUACCGCACGCAAUAGAAUAGAUAUAACUGAAUAUAAAUGUUUUACAAAAAGGACAAAUGUAAGCUAUCUAAUAUAAAGACAAGAGAACACCGUAUGUUUAUAUAUGAAAAAUAUCUUAUCCACUAUACUAUAAAGUGCAAAAAAAAGUGCUAAAGUGCAAAAUAUCACAUCACCAUGGUUCCUAAAUGAACAUAUAUAAAAUACAAACAUUAAUGCCUGUUUCAAAAUCCUACACAGAAUAAACCACAUGGUCCAGCAAAACAACAGACUAUACAAAAGGGUAUUGAGUUGUGUGAGAAAAAAUCCUGGUAAUGUACAUCAAAGUUAAAAAAUAGGGAUCCCAGAACAAAACUCAAUGAUGGAAAAAAAAGGUCAUGGACUGAUCUCACCCAUGGGUUUGGCUGGGAGGCCUCCUGUUUGCUUUAAGAGUCCCAAGUCCAGAUGGAUAUACUCUUCUGUAAUGUGUCCCAAGUGUUAUCUUUAGAAACUACCACUGGAGAACAGAGAGACUGGAGAUGAAUGUGUGCAAAGAUGUGGAUUCCUCCUAGUGACAGCAGGAUGCAGGCUGGAGAAUUCGGGGCAAAGUUAUUGCAGCUUGAUUUUUUCGAUAUAAUGCAGCAUAUUAGGUAAUUUAACAUACACAUGUUAAAAUAAUCCAAAACCUAGGCUUUUAUAUCAAAAAAUAGAAUACAAAUGAAAAUAUGGUGGACAGAAAAUCUUUACACUCAAUUACUACUGCAGAUCAGUUUGGGUAAAUUAUACAAAAGCAAUGGCAGACUGUGUAAACAAAUCUUAGAACAUGAAAACAAUGAUCUUUAUUUAAAAAAUGAAUGAAUGUACUGCAAAAAAUAAAAAUGACAUUAUGAAAUCAAAAGAGAAUACUUAAUGCUUACCCACCACGGAAUUGAAAUGCACCCUAAUUCCAAUACGGGGAGACCUUGAAGAAUCUUCAAGUAGCGGACCAGAAAUUGGUCAUAUCCGUCGCAUGUCCCUGAACUAAACAAGUGGAGUGGACCAGAAGUGGUCGGUGGCAUACAAACUGUAGAAGGGAUAGUAUAAAAGACAAAAUGACCAAAAGUAUUGACCAAAAGCAAUUAGUCACAAAUUAUAGGACAAAAUCACAUGUCUAACUCAGAGAACCCCUACUUUUAUAAAAAGUGCUUUAAGUCAUAAUCUUCGUUAAGACCCAUUGGGUGUAGGGUCUCAAGGGUGCUAAUCCAUUUGGAUUUUCUUUGCAUUAGGAGUCUCUGCCUAUUGCCUACCCUUCUAAGUGGGGGGGGCCCAUCGAUCACCUGGUACCUCAGUUGAUUCACAUUAUGCCCACAUUGUUUGAAAUGCCUGGGUACUGGUGCCGUACAAUUCCCUGUUUGCAGUGCCACCCUAAUGCUCUUCCUGUUCGGCUAUGCGGACUUUCACCGGUCUGGUGGUCUCUCCCACAUGUAUGAGCCUGCAUGAGCAUUUAAGUACAUGUGGAAUAGUUAUUAAUCUGAUAUUUUUUACCUGUGUGUGGGUGCAGAAAGCAUUCCCCCUUGAUGACACAAUUACAGCUUGAACAGCCCUGGCAUGGGAAUGUGCCCUUUUUGGGUUCAGAAAAAAAUCUAACUUGUUUCCUAGAGCUUCCUAUAUCCGAUUUAACUAAAACAUCUCUUAAAUUCUUUGCUCUCUGAUAAAAAAAAAAAUCCUCCUCUCUUCUCUUAAGUAAUUUUUAUUGAAAAGUUUUAUAAAUUUUAAAUACAUAUAUACAUAUAUAACGGCUCUUGAGUAGAGCCUAUCACAAACAAUAGUCAAUGCAGGAUACAAAUCAGUAGUUUACAACAAAGUUUAACAAUUUAGCAAUAAGCUAUUAGAACCUUUAUCAUAAAAUUACAUUAAUAGUCAAAAAUAGACUGGGUCAAGCAUAAGCUUACAAGUUUCCAAUAAAAUUUUAACUAAUUUUUCAAUAAGCUAAGGAAAACUUUUUUAAUAAUUCAGCAUUGCGAUAUUCUACUAAAAUAACAAAAUUCGACAUUGUCCUAUCACUCACUCUUGCAUCAUAUACCACACAAUCAUACAUGAUUUGGGUUAUCUAGAUAUGUCAUUUUAAAAAAAGAAAAAAAGAAAAAUAAUUAUUUAAUCCUUGCUUAAUGUGGCAGUAUUGGAAUAAUAAUGGGUUAUACUCUCGUAUUAACUCUCUUUGAAAAGCUUAUUUAUUUUCUUUUUUAGGCCCGUUUGAUGUCUGACAUAAGACUCAAAUAAAGAUCUUUAGUUGUGCUUUUAGAGUACAGGUUAGAUAAGAUCACUCCCAUUUCCAUCUCUAAUUGUAUAAUCAAUUGGGCUUUCAAUUGAUGCACAUCUGGUAUAACUGUUUGUUUCCAAGCCUUAACAAUCAAUAAUUUGGUUGCCAGAAGGCAAUGAAUUGUCAGGAUCUCUGAUUUUUUUUUGUCUAAUUUCGUUCCAUACAGAUGUAGUAAUGCUAUUUCGAGUUUAUUUGCCAGGCAGAUAUCUCCUGUCUUACUAAUAAUUUUAAAUGAGAAAUCCCAAAGAGGUCUAAUUCUAGGACAGUUCCACCAGAUGUGCAUCAUUGAGUCAUCCAGGUGAAAACAUCUCCAGCCAUUGGGGGGAUUACUCUGAGAAAUUUUAUUGAGUCUACUUGGCACCAUGUACCAUCUAUAACUGACUUUGAUGACAUUUUCUAAUAUAUUUAAUACAGUGUAUAUAUUUUUUAACUCUUAAGUAAGCAAAACACCAUUGGUUAUAUUGAUGCCUAAGUAUCUUUCCCAUUUUUAAAAGCUAUAGGAAUAUUUAAUCCAUCUAUACAAUUUAAUAAUUCCAUUGUUGGAGAGUAUUUAUUUUUGGAGGACUAAAUAGAAAGUAAUUUUUUAAUCAGAUUACCCUCUUCUCCUUUAGUAUUUAGGAUAUAUUCUUUUAAAAAAAAUUUGAUAUGAAAAUAAUUAAGAAAUUAUUUCGAAGGCAAGGAUAACAUCUCGCUUGCCAGCCGCUUGCCACCAAUUGACCGUUUCAGCUGACAAGGGAUAAAAACCGCUUAGACGAUAAUCCCCUUUUAGAGACAGGCACAGCUACUGUAGAAUCACCAAAACUCACGAAUUGAAUCUCUAUUAAAUCAGAAUAGUCUUUUAAGUGGUCGUCUAAAUAAAGAUCUCUAAUUCGAAUAUUUGUGUUUUUAUACCAAUUUUUCUAAUUAAUAUCUGUCAUAGUGAGUUCUAGAGUUUUAAGAGAUAAAGUAUCUGGGAUUACAUUAUUAAUCCCUAACUUUCUCUUUAAUCUAUGCCAUUCGCUUAGUGUCUGGGAGAGAAUCAAGGAUCCUGAGUUCAUAUUGCCUGUCUUAUUAUCGAUGUUGCUCCAUGUAACGGACCGUUUCAGCAGACAAGGGAUAAAAACCGCUUAGACGAUAAUCCCCUUUUAGAGACAGGCACAGCUACUGUAGAAUCACCAAAACUCACGAAUUGAAUACAAGUGAAUGCUCCAAACACUCGAACUGCAUACAAGGGAAUGAUCCAAACACUCAAACUGCAUACAAGGGAAUGCUCCAAACACUCAAACUGCAUACAAGGGAAUGCUCCAAACACUUGAACUGCAUACAAGGGAAUGCUCCAAACACUCGAACUGGAACCUCACGAAUAGCUGCUAGGAGACGAACAGGAAAAGCACCCAAGCGGCUUACACUCCUGGCAAUCAGUCUCUAUCAGCAUACAGUAAAUCCCCCCAAAGACGAGACAGAGCUCCGUGUUGAGGGUCAAGCAGUGGUCUGUUUAAUGAGGGCUACCUGCCCAGUAUUUAUGCAGGUCUCCCACCUGGUGGACACUCCCCUAGGGGACCAGAUGGAAGACUGUAACAAAAGACAGACAUGUACCAAUUACAGACAUACAGAAGUAAAACAUCCCCACAAUGCAUCCUGGCUUCCUCCCCUCUGCCCUGAAGAAGUAAUUCAAUUAUCUCCCAGGACAAAGGCAAAACUCCAUUACACACGUGGGGACACAAAGACAGACUAUCACUUUAAAAUACAUAAUGGGACAAAUGGUACAGUAAAUAUAUACAUGUAACAUAUCCCCAGAUAGCUCAGGUCUGAGUGCACAUUAUUAGGUGAAUGGCACUCAGACCACACGAAUACAGUUUAAUUGCCAUGGAGCCAAAGUCUUUAAUUACACGAAUAGGCUCCAUGGCAUAGCUAUCUGGGUUAAAACAUUCCCCCAACACAAAAUACCGAAUUUACAUGCAUUCGUUAAAUCCGUACGAAUUAGAACCAGGGGUUGGAGGUUCAGCGGUGCCUGCACGUAAAAGUGUCCGGGUUUGGUGCAGGAAAGCCGGGCAGAAAAGCGCUGGCUGCCCGGGGAGCUCCAGAACACCGCCAUCGUGUGGCGGCUAAGUGUAACCGCGACCACCCAGUAACAAUCAAUUAAGCUGCGGUUAACCGCAGCUACUGGGUGGUCAAUUGCCGGCACACGCUCGUUAAGCCGCGGUUAACCGAGGCUUCAGGGAGGUAAAUGGAGGGCACACUCCAGCUUCUGGGUGGCCAAUUAAGGUCGCCGGCCGGCUUCCCAUGGCUCUGGGGAGGCUGAAAAGAAACUGUUUGUUCGGUAGAUGGAAUCUACCGAACGGCUGUGCAGAAAGGGAGAAAUAAAUCCUUCUGCACAGUAAAAUUAACCCUUUAGCUGCCGGUCCAUAAUCCAAAGGCAGCAGGUGGGCAACCAGGCUCCUCCAAUGCAAUGUGGCGAGAUUGGUCUCGUCACACUCCAUAAUAGUGUUUCUAAAUUAUCUUUCCCUGCUCUAAAUGCUUUAAGCUUAUACCACGCCUGGUCAUUGAUAUCCACUGUUUGUAGAUUAGAAGCAUGGGUUAGCAUGAUUGCUUGGUAAGUUUGGGUUAUCAAAGGAUAACCCACCCCCCCACGGUAGACUUUUUUCGCUAGCGUAGCGGAUUUAAUUCUGUGUUUCUUACCUCUCCAGAUAAAAUUUGUAAAGCUACUUUGUAACAUAUUCAGCCAAUGAACAGAUAACUUAAGGGGGAUCAUGUGAAACAGGUAUAUCCAUUUUGGAAUAAUGUAAGCUUUAAUAGUAUUGAUCCUACCCCACCAUGAUAUCUCAUAUGCUCUCCAGUCCUUUAAUAGUCUAUUUGUAUCUUUCAACUGGUUAAAAAAAUUAAUUUCCAUAAUGCGGGCCGGAUCGGCCGCUAACAAGAUACCCAGAUACGAGAACUCUUUAAUUUACCAAUUGAACGCAUAGGUCUGUCUCAAAUAUUGUAGCGCCCGAUCUUUUAUGUUGACUGUCAAGGGCAUUGUUUUAUUUAUAUUUAGUUUGUAGUUAGAGACCACACUAUACUGUUCAAACUCUUGCAUUAAUGUUGGUAGUGAUGAUCCAGGCUCUAUGAUAGUUAGUAAUAUAUCGUCUGCAUAUAAGCAGAUUUUUAGUUCAUCAUUGGGGAUAGGUACUCCUCUUAUUUAUACAUUUUGUCUUAUUCUACAGGCUAGGGGUUCAACAGAGAUAACAUAUAAUAGUGGGGAGAGCAGGCAGCCCUGUCGAGUUCCAUUCAGGAUGUUAAACCAUUCAGAGCAAAGAUCCCUUCCCACUAUUCUAGCAGAUGGAUUUGAAUAAAGUGCUCCCAUUGCUCCCAUGAACCAGCCUUCUAAACCAAACUGCAUCAUAGUUCGCUUCAGGAAUUCCCAGCCAACCCUGUCGAAGGCUUUCUCAGCAUCUACCGACAUGGUUAGUAGGGACAUCUCUGUUGUCUUGGCCCAGUCCAGUAUCUCUAAUAUUCUCCGGGUGUUAUUACUAGAAUGUCUCCCUGCUACAAAGCCUAUCUGAUCUAUAUGAAUAAUUGAUGGAAGUACCCUUUGUAACCUAUCUGCCAAAAUAGCCGAAUACAAUUUAACGUCUGUAUUAAUCAGCAAUAUAGGGCGAUAAUUAGAAAUAUCUGUUGGAGAUUUGCACGGUUUCAGAAUCGGGCUAAUAUUAGCUCUUAAAAAUCCGUCAAAGCAUACCCCUUUAUUGAGAUUUCAUUAAAAAUAUCUGUUAAUGCAGGAAUAAUCCAUGUUUUAAAGAUUUUGUAGAACUGGUUGGAAUAUCCAUCCGGUCCUGGAGCUUUUUUAUUUAACAGGUUAUUUAUUGCUCGUUCUACUUCAAUCGUAGUGAAAAUCUCGUUUAAUUCCUUUCUUUGUUCAGAUGAGAUUUUAGGCAGCUUUAUAUUUAAUAAAUAAUUAUCCAGAGCAUCUGUUGAGGGCUUUAGAUUUAAAUUGUAUAAUUUUGCAUAGAAGCCUCUAAAUGUCUCUGCUAUCUCCUCGGGCCUUAUAAUGUUCUUACCUUUCUCUAUUAUUUUGAAGAUUUUCCUAUCCAGGUUUUGUUUUUUCAAUCUAUUUGUUAACAUGGAAUCUACUUUAUUGCUCUUAUAGUAAAAUUUAAUUUGUAAUUUAUUUAGAUUCCGUUGUAUUCUAUCCUCAGUGUGCUUGUUUAUUUUAGUUUGACAAACCUUAAUUUUCUCUGUUCUCUCCAGAGAGAAACUGAUCUUAUUUAAACUUGAUAAGUUAUAAAACUCGACAUACAAGUCUGAUAAUUUAGGAUCUUUACUACUUUUCUGCUGGCUGGCUAUCUUAAACCAAUAGCCUCUUAUAACUGUUUUAAAAGAGCACCAUAAGCACUCUUUAGAUAUAUCCCCCGUUGAAUUUUCUUUAAAAAAUAGGUCAGUAAGUUUGGCAAUUUAUUCAAUAUUUGUCUUUUUUUUUUUCAAGAGCAUAUCAUCCAAUCUCCAAAUUGGUGGCAUUUUAUAAUUCACUUCUAAUACUUCAGCUAUUAAUAGAUCAUGAUUGGACCAGGUGUUCUUUUUAAUUAUAAUUGAGUGUAAGGCCUUAGAAAAAUUGAUAUCUCCCAUAAUCAUAUCAAUUCUUGCUGCUGAGUUAUGAGGAAUAGAUUGAUGAGUAAAAUCUUUAUCAUUAGGAUAGGCUAGUCUCCAGCAGUCAUAUAGAUCACAUUUUUUAAGCACUCUGUUCAUCUCUUCAGCCUGUUUUACUAAAUUUUUAUUAAUUAGUUGGUUAGGACCUAACUGUUUAUCCAUAACAGGAUCACGUAUACAGUUAGUCUCCUGCUAUUACCAGUUUCCCUUUUUUCACCUGCUCUAUUAACCUUAAAAUCUUUAUCAGCACCUAAGUUGGUUGUUUAUUUGGCAAGUACACAUUCACAUUCACCAACAUAUAUGCUACCCCGUUUAGCAGACCAACUAGUAUAAUAAAUCUUCCCUCAGGUUCCAAAUUCUGGUAGUGGCAAUCAAAGUUAGCCUCUUUAGAAAAAAUAAUAGCUACUCCACACUUCUUUUUUUCCCUGUAGGGAAGCCGCAUAUAUAAUCAGGAACUUUUUGUAGUGCCAUAACUGUUUGGCAUUGAGUAAAUUUCUUUGACAAAUCCCACUUUGAUAUUCUAAUCAUGGUAUCAUAUAAAAAAACCUCUUUUCACAUGAGAGUUUAAACCUUGCGCAUUAAUAGAAAUCAAUCUAACCAUAUCCCAAUCUACGUCAUUCUGAGAAUAAGACCCAAAUCAAUAAGACAAACUUCAAACAAUCACUAACAACAAACCCAUUCAUACUAAAACCUACACUUGGAUAACCUAUCGUAAUCCAAGACCUGGGUACCAUUCUGGAACCCUCAGGGAGGGGCACAGCAUCUAAUAGAGAAGACAACUCCAAAUCGCCUAUCUUAAUUUUCACAUUAUCUAUCUCUCAUUGUGGCAAGAGAAAAAGAGGGGAAAAGGGAGAGAGGGAGAGGAGAAAAAAAAAUUAAUAAAAUAAUAACAACCUUUAAAAAUGGUAUAAGUCAAAUAGAGGUAAAGUACCUCCUCGUCUUUCAAAAUUGACUUUAUGAGAACCCUUACAUUCAUAAUUAGUAAAUUCCUUUCUCCAUAGAUAAAAAUAUAUUACUUAAAAUAUUUAACCAUUUAUAGCUAUUUAGACCAUUUAAUUUAACUUAAUUCUAAUUAUGUGUUUUUAGUGUUUGAUCAUUCUUAUAGUUUAAUUUUCCUUUACUUCACAAAUUUCCCUUUGCACCAUGUUGAGACAUACAAAUUUAUUUCAUUAUUUCCUUCAAGAAACAGAUUUCCCUUCCUGUAUUACACUUCUAACUUAUUCUUUCCAACCUUAAUUAAAGCCCUUGUGAUUUUCCAGUCAUUAUUUUAUAUCACCAUGUAACUGUUCACAAUCAAACUUAAUAAAAUAGUAAAUGUGCAAUACAUUUUACAUGUGUUUUUAAACCAAUUAUACUUAGUCUUAUUAUUACAUUCAGUCACCGCUAUGAACAAGGGAUGUUUAUCAGUUGACUAAAAACAAAAAAACAAUACAUUUACAUUUCCCAACCUUUAACCCCUUAAGGACACAACUUCUGGAAUAAAAGGGAAUCAUGGCGGAAUAUUUCCAUCAUGUGUCCUUAAGGGGUUAAACAUGAUAUAAGUCAAUAUAGAGGUAAAAUACACCCUCGUCUUUCAAAAUUGACUUUGUGAGAACCCUAACAUUCAUUAUUAGUAAAUUCCUUUCUCCAUAAAUAAAAAUAUACUACUUAAGAUAUUUAACCAUUUGUAGCUAUUUAGACCAUUUAAUUAAAAUUAAUUCUAAGAAGAGAGGAGGAUAACUGAACUCUAUGGGUAGAUUCACAUCACCUUGGAAAAUGCUACAGUGUCUACGUACUAUUUUCUGUACAUCUGUACUAAGGGGAGUGUAUGGGAGAAUGAACGGUAUACGAUCCAUCUCCUUCUGUUGUCUAGUAUUAUAUAAGAUUUGUUCUCUUGUGAGGCCCUGUAUCCUCUCUUUAUGAUGUUCCAAUAAUGAGGAUAGAUAUCCUCUCUCCAAGAAUUUUCUGCUCAUAUAAUCCAAACCAGCAUUUAUGUCUAUCUCCUGGGAGACUAUCCUCUUUACAUAAAGAAAUUAACUAUAUGGCAGACCUUUUUUAAGGUGGUCGGGUUGAAAACUCUCAUAAUGAGUAAGUUGUUCCUAUCUGUCAGCUUAGAGUAAAUAUUACUACCGAGUCUGUUACCAACCCUAGUGACCUGAACGUCCAAAAAGGGGAAUGUGUCCCUAUCUGUUGUGAACGUGAAUCUGAUGUUUGAAUCCAAGGUAUUCAAUUGAUGAAAAAACUGUCUGGUUGGGCCCUUGUGCCACCCAAACACACGAAAACAUCAUCAAUGAACUGCUUCCAAAAUAAGCACUUAGAGAAUAAUUCCAAUGUACAUAUGCUGGUAACUUCCAAGCGGUUCAUGUAGAUGUUUGCGUAUGUUGGGGCUACAUUCGAGCCCAUCGAUGUAUCUUAACCUGUUUGUAAAAUUGGUCUGCAAAUAAAAAACAAUUUUCAGUAAAAAUAAAUCUCAGAAGUUCUAAAACAUAACCUCUGGUCUUGUCUGCAUAUUCUAAUGUCAUGUCUCUUAAUAAUGUCCACUUGAUGGCUUCUAUACCAGCCUCAUGGUCUAUUGAGGUAUGUAGAGAUUGAACAUCUAGGGUCACCAACCAUACUCCCCCGUCUACUGGCAAAGUAAUGUUCUCAAUCAUUUUAAGAAAAUCUGUGGUAUCUUUAAUAUAUGACUGCUGUUCUGGUACAUAUUUAAUUAGGAAUUUGUCUAAAAUCGUAGCUGGAAAUUAAGUCAAUUGUAAUAAAACCUGCGAACAAGGGGGAUGCGUUGGUGAUUAUGGAUAAAACGUACUAUGUUAAAGAGAUUUUGGCCCAAUUAUCGGACUGGUCCAACUAUGUACCCAUUGAUCAGGAUCCCACACCUAGGCUCAAAACAAUACUAUGCAGGUUGAAUGACAAUGCCAAGCAGGAGGGGAUACUAUCAGAGGGAGAGUGUAGGUACAUGAAUAUUGAAUAUCCAUUAAUUCCAGUGUUCUAUACUCUCCCUAAGAUACAUAAAGAUCCCAUGUUUCCUCUGGGGAGACCGAUAGUUAGUGGCUCAGAUUCCAUUUUUCAAUUUUCAGCUAUGAUUUUAGACAAAUUCCUAAUUAAAUAUGUUCCUAAUUAAAUAUGUAUAUUUCGUAUUAUUUUUAUUUAUAUAUACAUAGAUAUAUGUAUAAUUUCAUUCUAAGUAUAUUUUGAUAUAUAUAUAUAUAUAUAUAUAUAUAUAUAUAUAAAUAUCAAAAUACAGUUAGAAUAACAUUAUGAAAGUUCUGAUGAAAGUUCUGUAUUAAGAACUGAAACGUCGAUUGUGUGUGGCAGUUGCUGAAUAAAAGCUAUGUUUUUUUCACCAUUUACUUUUUGAAGUCCUUAGAGUGCUGUUACCUACCAUUUUUAUUUUUAUGUUAUUUGCUUUAUUAGCACCAGGCAUUAAUCUAUCUCUACAGGAGUGCAAGUAUUUGAAUAUUUUUUAUAUAUAUAUAUAUAUAUAUAUAUAUAUAUAUAUAUAUAUAAAAAAAUUUUUUUUUUUACCAGCAGGGGAACUGCCUGUCAGUUCAGGCAGUCCCCUUGCUGACAGCACUGUGGACACCUAUUGUGGACACAUAAACCAUUGGGGUCCUAAUUUGCAAAGGGGGGACUGUCUGGGCUGUCAUAUGAAGUAAGACACUACCCUUUCCCCACCCACUUAACCAAAGCACCAAUUAGGGAAUCAACCAAUAGGUGUCCCUCUCCACCUAGUUGCUGAGUUGGGCUAUUUAAAAAUCAAGACACUGAAACUGCACAUUACCCCAACAGGCGAAACGUGUUUGGUGACUAUUCAGCCCUAUUUAUUUAUUCAUUUAUAUUAUCUUUUUAUAUUUAUGCUUUCCUUUUUGCGCAACCUCUCACAUACUACACUAAUAUGUUUUCUUAUAAGUGUUUGUGGGAACAUGUCAAUUUUCAAGUGAUAACUUUUCUCUCCAAGAUUGUGUUUUAACUUUUUGUUUGAAAACCAAACUAUGUUAAGAUUUACUUAAUACAAUUUAUUUCUUGAUAAAUAAUACAUUUGAAUGUUAGUUACUUUACAGAUACGAAUAUACUUCAUCUUAUUUGUAACAAUUUUGAGUGAUUAGUGGGAUCAAAUCUGGAGUCAAAUGUUUGAAAUGAAUAUUGUUAAAGGGACACCUAAAUAAAUUGGUUUUGAUGCAUAGACCCUGCCCCCUUUUUUGGCAAUGUAAAGCAUUGCAGUUUUCAGAGAAACAGCAAUGUUUCCAUAUCCGUAUGACAGCCACUGUCAGCAUCAAAUACAAUACUCAGAGAACAGCACUGACGCUGCUCUUGGAUGAAGUGCCGGGAGCUAAAGAAAGGAACUAAUGGCGCGUGCAGGGAGACAGCUUCAGAUAAAUAUACUGACCUUCUGCUACAUACCAAAAUCACUGCACCCCAAGCAAACAUUUCCCUUUGGGGGAGGCCUAGGACAAUAUCCACAGUCAACUGGAGGUGACAGAGCUGCUUUACAAUAGAUGCAAGGAAUGGUAUAUGCCUUAAUACUUUUGUUACUUUUUUUGCAGGCUUUAUGUUCGCGUCGUUAUGGACAAUGGAGAUGGGGAAAACUGA